CCUGGAUUUGCGCCGGGAGGAAAUGAUGUGCCUGGCUUGCCUGGUUAAUUACAGCUCCAGACUCCCAUUGGCAGAGCAGGGAGCAGCCACUUCCUCCUCCCUCACUGCAGCUGUAUCCCCGGCUGAGUAGCCCCUCCUCCUCCUCGCCUCGGCUCGCCUGGCUGCCUCUUCGGAACUUUGCGCCUGGCUCGCUCUUCGCUGCCAACUUUUCCCCGUCGCGACUCGACGGGAACUUCUCCUCCUCCUCCGGGCUCCCCAAAGGCGCCGCUGCGGGCAGCUCAGGCAUCGCCGGAAAGGGGGCCGGGCGCUGGGAAGAUGCGGCCGGGCGCAGCGCCGUGAUUACAGCGCGGGUCUCCGGGAAGGGGUUGCGCCGCCGCCAGCCCUCCUUGCAGCUACAGACAGAGCACCAGCAGCCGCUGCAGCAGCAGCAAAGCCCAUGGACGGGAAGUUCCUCCUGCUCCUCCUCCCUUAGGAUCCCUGGGGAUCCCGCGCCGCCGCCGCCUCCCCCCUGCUUCUUCGCCUUUGUCUGCGGUGCUAUGAAGAGGUGAGUGGAGCUGCCUGUCUGAGCGGAGGCUCGCCCUUUGGAUCUCACUCCCGCCCCAAAUCCAGCAGCCUCUCCCUCUUCUCUCCUCGGGGUCCAAAAUGCGUCCUUUCCCUCCCCUCCCCCCCACGCGUGGGUCAAAACCCGCCUCCUACUGCGUCUCUGGAACUGUGUUGGAGACGAUUAUUAUUUUAUUUUAAUUUUUUUAAAAAGAUCUCGAUUUCCAACCCCCUUCCUUCUUACGCCGCUUGUUUGGAAAACAACGAGCCCCCACUUCUUUAUAUAUAUAUAUAUAAAAUAUACGUAGAAUUUAUUUAUUUGUUUUUAAAAACCAAGCCAGGAACUCGAUUCGGAAUACUGUACAAUAAUGUGCGGUUCUUGCAGUGCCUGCUCCUGUUCUGUCUGUGUAAAUGGGCGUUUCGGACGCGCCUUUAAGAAUCCUUCCAGAAAAGCUCCCAAAGCCAAUAAUAUUACAUCUGAGCUCUGCUUCCAGAGGCGGAAACUUAAGAGGAGAUUUGAGGUGGGGGGAGGGGGCACAUCCUUUAAUCACUUCUGGGAGGCAAGCUUCUUCUGGUGCAGGAAGAGAGGGAGAGGAGGAGAAGGAGGGGGUCAGGGAGGAAAGAGAAUCUGUAAACUUUCCUUGGCUCCCUCCCUCCUUUCCUGGCUAUAGUCUUCCAGCAGCAUCAAAGGCAGGAAUGUGGGAUUCAUCUUCAGAUGCCCACAGGGCAACUGUGGUUACAGAUGUUACUCAUUACCUUGCCAAGUAGAAGCCCUUCCCUCUUAAGCUGCAGCUCUUGCAGGAAAAGAGAAAGAGAGCAGCUUGGCAAAGUCAUAAAUAAAAAUGGAAGGGAGAUGGAUAAUUUGGUUUGAAGCAAGAGCCUUACUUUAUUUUUAUUUUUGAGUGUGUGUUUGGACUGGUCUUUGUUGUUAAGUUGCUGGUUGAUUAUACCUCUAAAGUGUUUGGGAGGUGCCCAAAGGCUCGGGUACCUUUUUUUUAUUAAGUUGCCUUGUAGAUUUUAUUUGUUGCUUUGGAGGUGACUUGCACACUUUAAAGAACCGGGUACAUUAAAAGCUUUGAUUUAGUUCUCUGAAGAACAUAGGAAGACUCGUUCUGUGUUUAUUUUUAAAAAAUAAAAAAUAGGCCUCUUUGUUGGCAUCUUUUACUUGUCUGACUACUCUCUUGGCUCGUGGCUUCAGUUGGCAGUUGCUCCCUUUACAAAUCCUAUGGAAAAUGUUGAGGUAUGAAAUUGCCUACUCUGUGGGGGAGUCCUUUAUUUGGUUUAUUCAAAUAAAACAAAAAUGAAAAACAGUGCGUUGGUCUGUACAGCCAACCCACACAUUCAGAGAAUUCACAUUGUCCAGUUCUGCAAAGUUAAUUUUGGCUUUUGCGUGUGAAAGUGAGACAGUGCACAAUUCCCCCCUCCCCCUUGGUCAACAAACAAACUAACAGUUAAUUGUUAAAGAGUACUCAGCCUCCUUCACUAGAAGGAGAGGAGGGGAAAGAGCGAAGUCAUUGUAUGUCUAUUUUGUAUGUAUGAUUUUAGGUUUUACUUUUUCAUGUUGUAACUUACAUUUAAUGUAUAUUUGCCGCUGAUAUAUAAACUGUUUGCUGGUUGGUAUGUUGUGGCAUGAGCUGAGGGCAGGGCAACAGCUUUCUUCAGGCUUCCUCAACCUCUGCCCUCCAGAUUGGCCUACAACUCCCAUGAUCCCUAGCUAGCAGGUCCAGUGGUCAGGGAUGAUGGGAAUUGUAGUCUCAAAACAUCUGGAGGGCCGAGGUUGAGGAAGCCUGGCCUACUUCAUCAGAUGCACUCAUGCUGAUUUAAAAUAUUACUUUCUACAAAACUGCCACAGUAUGUAUUCAUUUUCAACAUAUAAUAUGCUGCUGUUCUGCCAGUACCAUAUUGGUUGUUUCUUUGCUCUUUGAACUUUAUAAAUGUUUGGUGGUAAUGUGCAUCUUAUUGCAAAUCUGUACAUUUGAAGAGCAGUGAUAAUCUGUAAGUAUAAUGAAGGAGGACUUGGCAUAGCCUGGUUUGUUUCUGUGCAUCUCAAGUAGUUGACCUUGAGUAACACAGGUUAACCCUGUUUUCCCAACCUUCCUCUCAUUAACUUAGAGUAGCACCGAUGUUGACAUAAGUGGGAGAGUCUUGUCUAGUCAGAGUUGUUGACAGUCUGCUCCCCACUUUUUGUCAUGGCCUAAACAUCUAUUUAUGUCCUUCCCCAUGCAGAAUGCAUGUGUGAUUUUCUAGCCGUGUGUUUGUCAACAAACCAUAGAGGUCAGUCCGUGGAGCUAUGUUGGUAAAUGAAACUCAUCCCUAAAUAGUAGUUCUGGGGUUUUUUUAGCACUGUACGGCAGUUUAGGUUUAUUAGAAAAAAAUAUACUGUUUGCUUGCUCUCCAAAAGUUUUAAGGAAAAGUGUAUCUGGAAAGAAGGUGAAUGUUCCACAAGACAGCAAGAUAGUUAUCUAGUUGUAUUUGAGAAUUUGGGCCUAGGAACAGGCUGGUAUCACAUUUUGGGGCCUGAUACAGAAAGCCCCAGAGAAACUGUGGUUACAUCCAUUGCUGCAGGAGUAUCAGAGGUACUUUUUGGCUGUUUGUGAUAUUAGUGGUGGUUGAUGGCUGCUGUUUCCUCUUCACCUCUCCCCUUUACAGAAACCACGUUAUGAAGAUUUAUUUUUUUGCUCUUGAUGACUGUGCAUCCAUUCUGUACACAUCUAGAGCACUCACCCAGGACAUAGAAAGUGGUAGUUGACAAAGAGCAGCAAGGCCUUGGCUAUGUGUGCAAGCUGUGCGCAGUUUUAGUAUGUUGUGGUGGGACCGCAGUACAUACUUCAAAGAGCUCAAAGGUUGUCUCUUGACUCAAAACGGGGAGAGUGUGUGUGUGUGGCAUUUAUUUAUUUUUAAGACAAGGACCAGGAGGAUGUUAUUUACACACUCAAUUCGUUUGUUAAUUUGCAACACGGGUGACUAACCUUCAGCUACCCAGGUGUUGGUGAUCUAUGACUCCCAUCAGUCCUAGCUAGCAUGGCCAAUAGUCAGAAGUGAUGGGAACUGAUCUACAACAACUGGAGGGCUACACAGGUAGCCACCCCCUUUCAGAAUAUGUAUACUGCACCCUUCAUAAGGUGCAGAGGAGUCAAAGGUUUUAUGCAUGGGGUGUGUGUGCAUGUCCAGUAUAUUUUAUGGCAAUCAAGAUGGAUUGACUUUCAGUCAGGUUUCUCAUUUUAGAACUCACAUUUUUCCAGAACUUGUGCUUUCAGAGAGGAGGGGUUGUCUACUUGUUCUGGGCUUUGGAACAGAGCCUGUCCAGUGUAAUAUGAUAACCCACCCCCAGAAUUCUCUGGCUCAGUGAAAGAAUGAGAUCGGUGGUGCCCACAAAUUAUGGGGGCGAUCUAAGCCUAAUCCUGUGUUAGCCCAGAUUCCCAGUAUAUGGGUAUAGCAUAUUAUAAACUUAUGGGAAUAACCUGAUACAUAUAAAAUGUGGUUGGUAAAAAGAUGGGGUUUGGCAGUCUUCACUGCUUCCCAGGAAGUGCACAGAAAACAGACAAUCACAUAAAGCUAUAUCACAGUUGGUUUUCAAAGUGGUCCCAUACGACCAUCUAAGUGGCAUGUGUUGAGACACUGCAGGCUUUAUGGCCUAAGCAUGGAUUUGGGAGGCAUCCAUUUAAUUGAAAAGACAAAAGGCUGCUAGCUGCCCGUGCUCUCAUCUGCUUGUAAGAUGAAAGUUUGGCUGUUUAGAAAGUGUGUGAGCUAGUGCCGUGCUGAACCUUAACAGAGGUUUUCUUUCAUCAUUCAAGAGAGGUUGCAGGGGUGAAAUAUACAUGCUUUGGGGGGGGGGGGAAGUGUGGGUAACAUACUCUCUUUCUUUCUCAGUAGGCUGGUCUGAGGAGGUUGCAUUUACCAAGGUGAUCAAGGGACCUGCCCUGUUGUUUUCAUUGAGGAGCUAUUUAGGAAAGCCUCACACUCGCAGCAAUGGGAAGCUUUCUGCAAGCUGCCUCCAGAGAGCCAGUGUGGUGUAGUGUGGUGUGGUGUAGUGGUUAAGAGCGGUAGUCUCGUAAUCUGGGGAACCGGGUUUGCGUCUCCGCUCCUCCACAUGCAGCUGCUGGGUGACCUUGGGCCAGUCACACUUCUUUGAAGUCUCUCAGCCCCACUCACCUCACAGAGUGUUUGUUGUGGGGGAGGAAGGGAAAGGAGAAUGUUAGCCGCUUUGAGACUCCUUAAAGGGAGUGAAAGGCGGGAUAUCAAAUCCAAACUCUUCUUCUUCUCCCAGCCCAGGAUUUUUAUCUGGUAUGAUUCUUUGAGCACACAAAUCUCGCUAGUCAUGAUGGCUAGAAUACCAGUUGAUCAUGAAUGGCGAGAUUGCUGCUGCACUCGUGUCUAGUUUGAAGGCUCCCAUAGUCAUUUGUUUCACCACUGUGAAAACAGAACGUUGGACUACAUGGGCCUUUAGCUUGAUCCAGCAGGGCUCUCUUUACGUUCUCAGUUAUACAUGUGAGCUGAAAACUGAUGUAUGUGGCGGUGAAAAAGAGAAAGAGACUUGCAGUGCAAUAGGCACAGGAGCGCUCCCCUUCCCUGCAAGUGUUCCACGGAUGUCACUCACUCCACGUGCAAUUCUGAGGCUUACUGGGGAUAUGGAUCCCAUGUAGCUUACAAUCAGUAAGAUAACUGGAAUCUGAAAUAACAAUUUCUCCUCUUCUCCCUCUGUGCGUUGUUUUGGGAGUUCUCCCCCUUCCCCUGAUCCAGUUUGAGGGGCAGGUGAGAGAAGGAGAAGGUGAAAAGGCUUGCUCCAUUAGAAGAAAUCCCUGCAUGGGAUUUGACUGGUGGGACCAGUUGGUUAAAUUUGGCCCUAACAUAUUUAUUAUGGCAUAAGCUUUCAUGUUCUUUUUUGUGUGCCUCCCUCCCCCUCCCCAAGAGGUCCAGAGGGCAGCAACAUGAGAACGACCUUUUUUGCAGCAGCUCCCUGUUUGUGGAAUGCUCUCUGCAGGAAGGUUCGGCUGGUACCUUCAUUCUACGCCAGGCAAAAAUAUUCCCCCCAAACAGGCCUUUGGCUGAUUAACAUCCUAUACCCUUUUAAGUGUGUGUUUGGGAAUGGAAGGGGGGUUAUUUGUUUGUCCCCCCCUUGUUUUUUAUUAUGUAUUUUGUGUUUUCAUCUUGUAUUUUUAUGUCGUGAACUGCCCUGAGAUUUACAGAUGAAGGGCGGUAUACAAAUUUCAAUAUAUAAAUGUUGUCAAAUCCUUAGAUUACCUUGGUGCAAAGGGUGGGGCUGUUGUAAGAAAAACAGGAUUGUACCCCAGAUUUGAAAUACUAGCUAACUAAAUGUGUGCACUCAACCCAACCAUAUAAAGUCAUCCCAAUUCCUGACGCACUGUGUCUGCCUACCCCACUCCCAAAUUCUUCCUCCUGUUUCCUCAGUCCUUAGGCCAAUAUGUGCCCAGAUUCCGUUAUCUUCUGUUGCUGCCUCUGUGGUCAUUAAACCUAUCAUUGUUUUUAUUCUAUCUCUGCACGUGUUUGUUGCCUCUGCCUCUUGGGAAGCACAAAGCUGCUUCCUACUAGAAUCUUUGGGGCAAUAAAGAUCUCCUUGUGAUUAUAGGAAACCUGUCUGCAAGAUUUGGUUGUGAGUUGGAUAGAGCAAGCGCAACAUCUGCCCCCACCCUCCACUUCCCUGCACAGUGAUGAUUGCUUGAUUACCUUCAAAAUCACCCUUAGGCCUGUUUGGAAAUUGAUCCUUUCAAGGCCUACUACUUUGAUUAAAUUAUAUAAAACUGCAGUGAAGUUAAACACAAGGGAUACACGCUUCUUCUUGGUAGUCAUUGGUGUUUAUUUGACAGAGAGAGACUGAAACCAGGACAAGUAGCUUAUAGAUGAGGCUAAAAUACAAAUCAAGGCUUAUUUCCUAUGAACCAUCGGUUUGCAAGAUUGCUUUUUGAUUGCUUAUCUGCUGUCUCAUGGAAACUGUGAUAUAUAAAAAAGCCCCUUUUUUGUCAGUUUGCAUGUGUCUCCCUAGUUCUGCAUGUGUUUUCUUCCGCGUGAACGUUUGCAUAAAUGUAUUUAACAGCUUCAUAUUCCCCCUAUCAAACUGAUGGCUGUUGGCUUUUGAGGUCCCAGGCGCUUAGAGAAGGUGAUGUCAGACAGAUCGCUUGCUGACUCAGUCCCUGUUGCAAAGCUUAUGGGAAGUGUUUUGAAGGAUGGCGUCUGAUAAGUCGCUUUGACCCCCCCCUCCCCAUCUCUAAACAAUUAUCUAAAUGAUUUUUUUGGGAGAAAUGGCAAUGCCUUUCUGAAUCCAUUUGUACUCCUGCCUUCAUCACAAAGUGGUGGUAUCAGUGACUUGUGCCUUGGACCAGGGUGGUUUUGCUUGUUGUUUGUUUGUUUCCCCCUCGGCAGGGGAGUUUGUAACCUGCCUUGCCCAGAGUUGCCCAGGGGACAAAGAUGCAUGAAGGAAGCAAUGUCUGGCCUGAUGUCUCCAUGAAUACAGCUACUUCUCCCUGGCAGCAAUUUAAGUACCUGCUGUAGCUGCUGUGUUUGUGCAGAUCUCCCUUGGGAAGCAGUGGCUCUGUAUCCCUUGAAUGUGCCAAGUUGAGUACAGUGGUACCUCGGGUUACAUACGCUUCAGGUUACAUACGCUUCAGGUUACAGACUCCACUAACCCAGAAAUAGUGCUUCAGGUUAAGAACUUUGCUUCAGGAUGAGAACAGAAAUCGUGCUCCGGUGGCACGGCAGCAGCAGGAGGCCCCAUUAGCUAAAGUGGUGCUUCAGGUUAAGAACAGUUUCAGGUUAAGAACGGACCUCUGGAACGAAUUAAGUACUUAACCUGAGGUACCACUGUAUUGCUUUCUCUCCCUCCAACCACUGUCCCCCAGGCAGCUUCAGGUUAGAAAGGGUUGAAUCAGCCCCUGAAUUAGCACAAGACUGUCAUUUUUGUCUGUGCUGCUUCUCUCUGUGUUGAAUGAUUUGGGUGGGACUACGCUGUGUUGGCUGGUUAAGUGUUAAACAGGCUUCCUCAGACCAUGAGAAUCGACUGCAUUUGCGGAAGGGCUGGUUUUCUCCAGUGUCUUUAAUGCGUGUCUUGUCUGGCAGAGAGCAGCCAAGUUACAGAACCUAAACGUGAGCCCCAAACUUAAAUGGGAGUUUCAGUGGCCAUGUUUGCACAUAACGAUAAGCCAGGGGUUGUGGCUUAACAAUGGUUGACCAUGAAUGAGUAGUGUGCCUGUGCACACAGCUCGAUUGCUCCUCCCCUGGCACAAACAGGACAUCUGAAUGGUGGUUUGUUUCCCCCUAAGAAGCCAUGGUUCAGAAGCUAACAACAAACCAAGCUUUACUUUUCCGUAACUUAAAGUCUUAACUGACCUGCUAUGGUUAUAAUUAGCUCUUUGGUUACCAAAUCAUCACAGUUGACAUUGUACAAAUUAACUCAUACUAGGGAUUGUGAGUUUGCUAACCGCCCCCCCCCCCAGUUGUUGUUGGACUCUUGCUAACAUGUCCAGUAGUUGGGGGCGGUGGGAGUUUUAGGGUGCCACUAUGACUUCCCCAAUCCUUUGCUGGGGCUUUGUGUAUCUUAAAAGCAAACCAAAAUAAGUGCAAAAUUCUGUACCAAGAAGAGUUCACGUCUGUGGUCUGUAUGAAUUAUUCAACUGAAGUCAAUUUACAUUAUUGUUACCAUUAUAAUUAUUAAUAUAUAUACCAUUUGCAUGCCAAAAUGGCUUCUUUCUCUCCUAAUAUUUCUCUUAAUUCCAACUUCACAUUAUUUUGUUUGCCCUUGCUAGUUAUAUGUAUGGUGUUGAAUCCCUCUGACUCCUGAGUUUACAGUGGACGCUCUCUUAAAAACCAGAGUUCUGUUUUGUGGGUUUUCUGUGCUCCCAUAAGAUCACCAUCACCAGUUUUAUUUUAGUGCCCACACUUCACCCUGAGGUCCCUGGGUGGGUUAAAACAAUUUAAAUCACAACAUUAAAAAGAAACAGUUUAAAACAAAUUAAAAUUUCAAGAAUAGGGUGGGUCCUAAAAAUCCCUGGUGUCAACAACCAGAGUAAAGAGUUUUGUCUUCAGCAUUUGCAGAGUACUGUAUAGUGAAGAUGACAGGCACACUUCUGUGGGGAGGGAGUCCCAAAUAUUGGGGGCUGCUGUGGAAAAUGCUUCCUCUUGGCCCAUCACCCCUAGCUUCUUAGGACACUGCUGUCUAUCAAGAUGGUCUCCUGUGCUGAUCUUCAAACUUGAGAAGGGAACAAAACCAUCUUUUAGAUAUUUGAGGCCUAAGACAUUUACGGCUUUAAACCAGGAUGGAUUUGAUUUAAAUCAAAUCGACUUAAAUCACAAUUUAAAUCACUAGUCAGUAAGACUUGAUUUAAAUCUUCUUCUUUUUUUAAACAGACUCAUCCUUGCUGGUAUAAUCUUGAUAUUUACAACCAGGUGAAGGUUUCAUUGUUAUAAUAAUAAAUUGUCAGAGUAGUUUUUACAGUUGUAUCAAAAUUACUGAUUUGGUUUUACUAUUAGAAAUACAUAAUCAUGAAAUUAUUGUGAGGUUUAAUAAGUUAACUGUUUAUAUUUGGAAAACUUUUCUGCUGUACUUUAUUGGAAAGAGAAAAAUAAUCAUUUCCUUAAUAACAAUUUAAACUAGUUAACUAAAACAAUAACAUUAUAGCAUAUGUCUCCAUGUUUGUUAACUGAUGUGCUUAAACAUUAAAAAACACAAAAACUUAGACUGAGUUUUAGCACACAUGAGAAACUUAAAACAAAUUCUUAUUUCCUGAUGAAUAGCCUUUGGACUAUAAUGUAACUUAAAAAGAAAACUAUAUUUAGAAAGAUUUUUUUCUACCAAAAGCAUUUUAUUUUAAAAAUCCAAUUUAAAUUUUAAAAAACCCAAUUUUUUGAUGAUUUUUUAAAUUAAAAAAUCAUUGAUUUUUAUCCACCCUGCUUUAAACUCUUAACAUGAGCACAUUUGAAUCGGGGCCAAACUACUGUUCUAAAACAGGGGUUAUACGAGAUCGAAAUAGAACCCCAGCCAGUAAUCUGGCCGCUGCAUUUUGGAUCAAUGCUGAGUCAUCUUCAAAGGCAGCCCCCCACAUAGAGUCAUUGCAACAAUCCAGUCUUACCAGAGCAUGGAGUGCAGUGGCCAAGUCCUUUUCUGUUGGAAAGGGGCUGUAGCUGCCAACAUCAGAAGAGCCUUAUUGCAUCAGGUGAAAGACCUGUCUAGGUCAGCAUCUUGCUCUUCCACUGGUCAGCCAGGUACUUAUGGGGAGCCAGCAUGCCGGACAUGCUUACAACAGCCCUCUCUCUCCCCAUAUGUGCUUGCCAGCACUGCUUCUGACCGUGGAUGCAGAAUGUAGCCAUCAUAGCUAGUAGCCAGUGGAGGCUUUAUCCUCCAUAAAUUUGCCUGAUCCUCUUUUUAAAAGCCACCCAAGUUGGGUGGCCAUCACUAGCUCUCUUGGAAGAGAGUUCCAUAGUUUAACUUCACACUGUGUAAAGGAAGUAAGUUCACACCCCUGUCCUCCCUAGAAUUUUAGCCUGCUGGGUUCAUCCCAACUGUCCUCCAUGGAGUUGUCUGGGCAUAUAAUAGAGACUGGAAGAGCUGUAUUCAUUCGUUUGUAAAGGGAGGAAAUGAGGCAGGCAGUUGACUUAUCAUCUAUGGUCAGAGCAGGAAUCUGAGAUGGAGCUUUGGGAGAGAUUUUCAGCUGGAAAUGUUGGUGGGCAGUAUGGAGACAAAAGGGCAAUAAUGAUCUGUCCUUUGGCCUGCGCUGUUUAAAUCGGAGACCUGAUCUAGGCGAGCAUAGGUGGUGCUGUUCUAUGAUUCCCCAGCUCACUAGUAUAUUCUUUCUCUCUUUUUACCACCCUCUUAAUUGGUGACUAAUAAAUAGCCUUGUCAGUCUCGUCUUAUUUGCUUUUUGGGCUUUAGGCUGCCAGAUUUGAAAACCAGUCAGUCUGAAUGCAGCAAAUCGGAAUCUGGCAUUGAAUGGCAUUUUCACACGCUGCAGAGCAAGGAAUCUGUCCUGGCUCAAUCAAUAAAAAUUGAAUUGUCCUGGGGAUAGGGCAGUGGUCAAGCUUUCUUGACCUGGGUGGUGGUGGUGGUGGUGGUGUUUUCAAGAUUUUGAAUUGAAGCAGAAGCACUCUUGCCCCGCUUAACACAUUUGCAGCUUUGAUACCAGAAAUUGUAAGGCUCUGCUCCUAUCAACAUUCCUGGUGGGGUUAACUUUUCCAGUUAAGACUGAUAAACUCUUUGCUUUGUGGAGCUUUUCGGUGUACAGUGGUACCUCGGUUUAAGAACAACCCUGUUUACAAACUAUUCGGUAUACGAACUCCGCAAAACCAGAAGCAGUGUUCCGGAUAGCAAACUUUACCUCAGUCUACGAACAGAAGCUGAACAGUGGAGGGGCACCGGCGGCGGGAGGCCUCAUUAGGGAAAGCGCGCCUCAGUUUAAGAACAGCUUUGGUUUAAGAACAGACUUCCGGAAUGGAUUAAGUUCAUAAACCGAAGUACCACUGUGUUUAUGGUUUCCUCCUGAGAUGAGUUGAAUCUGCUCAAUAAAGCUGGAUUUUGCAUCUUUUCAGCAGCCGGGAGAGAGAGGACUGGCUGUGUGGAGCCAUGUUAAGAAGGGGUUAGAUUAGGGAAAGCCUAAUAAAUGUGAUUUUUUUAAAAAAAUCACCAUCAUGAUUUUUAAACAGUUGAAAUAAAUGUUUAGUCAUGGCAAGCUGGUGAUCCAUGUUCAUGUGAAGCUUUUUAAUUAUUUUUGGGGUAAAAUGCUCUAGUUUUUGCUCUUGUUGUAACAUGCCAGCUAAUCUCCUGUAGCAUUAAUGCAAGUUAUUUAUGGGGAACAUAUCACUCACCCUUGAUUCUGAGGCACUGUACGAAUGUGAUCCUCUGCUUUAAUUGUGGCAUUUUGAAUGCAUGCUUCCUGAUUUAGGUAUGUUUAGAAAUGGUUCGCCUUGAUCACUCUGUAUGUGUGUGUAAUAUAGGGCUUUUCUCCCUUGAGUACCUCAAACAAAAAGCACACUGGUGUAAUAUAAAACCCAAGUUUCCAUCACACCUGGGCACAUUGGUUAGCUGCUACUCCUUCCCCUUUUCUUCCUAAAGCUGGAGGUCAACUUUAUCAAAGUUGAAGCUCAAAAAAUAAAUGCGUUUUUAAAAGGCGUUGGAACACCAGGAGGUUUGGCACAUGCCUAAGCUCAAAGGAGAGGUGAUGCCAUAGCAAGGGUGCCACUCCAAAAAGGCCCCCCCCAGUUGCUGCCAGCCACGCUCACAUAGGCUUGGGCUUGGGCACAUCCCGGGAGGGUCUUAUCAGCUGAUUGUAGCAAUUGAAUGGGGCAGUGAUUGAACGGGGCAGUAAGGCAGAAAGCAUGCCUUCAGGAACCCUGUGUAAAAUGCAGCAUGAACCGCUUCAUUUUGCAGGAGUUGGAGCUUCUGGAGCAGCCUUAAGGGCAGCCCCACACAGAGCGAACUUCAGUAGCCCAAUCCUGAGAUUGCUGGUAUGAGUCAUAGUAGCAAAGCUCUCCUAACUCAUACUGUAUAGUGGUACCUUGGUUUGCAACCGUUUUGGAUUACAACCACGUCAAACCCGGAAGUGCGUUCCCUUUUUUUUGGAUUACAACCUCUUGGGGGGGGGGAUUACAACCCAUUUUUUGGGGAGGCCACAUUGGCGAAAGCAUGCCUUGGCUUACAACCUGUUUUGGUUCACAACCGGACCUCCGGAACGGAUUAUGGUUGUAAACCAAGGUGCCACUGUAUAUAAAUGUGUAUGUAAGAGUUGAUAUUUGCUUCCCAGGGAUAAUUGCCUGCAAAAACUUAACAUACAAUUUUGAAAGUGUUUGGUUAGACCAGGGUUUCCCAAACUUGGCUCUCCCGCUGAUUUUGGACUACAACUUCCAUCAUCCCUAGCUAGCAGGACUAGUAGUCAGGGAUGAUAGGAACUGAAGGCCAAAGACAGCUGGAGGCCCAAGUAUGGGGAACCCUGGGUUAGACUGAUUUUUAUAUUCUUUCAUUGACCUUGAAUCCUGGGUUGCCUUUCUAUCACUGGAAACACUCCUCACAUUUAUAGACUCUUUUCUAGUGGAGGCUUAUACUGGAGAGAGGAGAUAACUUUUAUUUAUUUCUUUGCCUAUUCCCCCUGUAGCCCCCAGCAUCGCCUUCCAUGCUAUUUCAGAGGCUUCCUCCAACCAUCUGGAGCAAACUUCCAGUGUGUGGUGUAGGGGGACAGGAGAAGACUCUCGAUCUUUUCAGCCAGCUGGAGCAUCCCACUAGGAGAGAGCUGCUCACAGGAGCUUACAGCCCCAAACCUUUGUUACUUAUUUUAACAUUAGGAAACUGCAGUUUUUAGAAGUGGAAAACUUUACAUAUAGAAAAUGGUAACAGGGCAAUGCCCUUCUAAUCAGCAGUUAUAGGAAUCGAUGGCUAGAUGGACAGCUUCUCUUACAAGAAAGGUUCAUGAUGAGAAUAAUUCAACAACGUGUCAUAUGGACUUUUGGUGGAUGCAGGUUGCCGUUUAUCACUUGACAGCUGAUUGAAAAGUCACUCUGGGUCACUUGCCGCCUUGUCAUCUGGCAACUGGUCAUCUGUAGCCUCCGGCCAUGUGUUGAAGUGAAUUUUGCCAUACUGUAUUUCCAUAGCAGGUUGAAAAUAAGGAUUAGCGAAGAUGGGGCAAAUUCUUUCUUGGGUCCAUUGGAACACUAGGUGCUUAAUGAAACAAAAACAAUGUUUAAUGUCCUGCCACAAACAAACGUUAAUAGUAAAAAAAGAGCAAUAAGUAGACAUGAAAACUAUUUUUUCCAGGCUGCCAGCAUUUUAUUAUGGGAUAAAGAUGUCCAUCCAACCAGUGAACAGAUUUUUUUUUUAAUGGUUCCUCUUCCAAACAUUUUGCUCUGGUACAACUUUUCAUAUCACUGAAAUUAGCCCUACUGAAACAGAUUCUCUUCUUACGGAAAUGGGUUGGUGGUUCUGCAUGUACAAAACUAUUCUUGAAUGGUGGUUACUAUACCGAUUGUUCUGCCUUCUGAGUUGAUUUAUCAGUCAACGUUUGUGACCGCUAUUGCUGGCAGCCAAACCUCUGUUCAGACAUUCAAGAGAAUACACAUGGGUGCAAGCUGUAUUUGUGUGGAGUUGAGCAAUGUCAGAAUCCUCCCCAUGAUCAGGAACCCUGCACACAGGUUGAGUUUCGCUCACAAGCAAAAACUCAAGAGGGACGGGUAGGUGUGCGUGGCAUGGAGGUGGUUGUGCCAGUGUGCACAGCUCUGCACCCCACACAGUUUGAGCGCUUUAUUCUUUUGAAUGCUUGUAGAGAGGCCUGUUGUGGUGCUUGGCAUCUGAUGGCACAAGCCACAACUGUUAAUAGCACUAGUAUUCUUGAACUCUGGGGCUGCCAGCAAUGCCAUACUGCCCUGUUUUAAACACAAGAGCAAUGAUUUAUAAUGUAGCAAAGUAGGCAAGAACUGUCGUAAUAACGCACCAAAUUAUGGUAUACAGUGGUACCUCGGGUUACAUACGUUUCAGGUUACAUAUGCUUCAGGUUACAGACUCCGCUAACCCAGAAAUACUACCUCGGGUUAAGAACUUUGCUUCAGGAUGAGAACAGAAAUUCUGCUCCGGCGGCACAGCGGGAGCAGGAGGCCCCGUUAGCUAAAGUGGUGCUUCAGGUUAAGAACAGUUUCAGGUUAAGAAUGGACCUCCGGAACGAAUUAAGUACUUAACCCGAGGUACCACUGUACUAUGAAAAAUGGCAUUUGAUAUGACGCUUGUAGACUUGGUCGUUCACACAGACCCUCUGAAUUGUUGCUGAUGCGGCACUGUUUUAGGAAUUGCGAACUGUAUGUAGUGGAGGUGGGGAGCCAAGGGGUUUAACAGUUGAAUUUGCCUGUAUGCAUAUUUAGCAUUUCGAAAGGAUUUUAGUAUUUCGGUUUUCUGGAGUUGGAUGUGACAACUCCUAAAAAGCAGAAAAUGGUAAGGUUAAUCUUCACACAUUUGCAAAUGCCAGUGUUGGCUUUGCAAAGAUGGCUUUUUUAGCAGCACCAGGAGCACAUCAAAGAAAGCGGUAAACGAAGAGGGUGGCAGCAGGAAAUUUGAUUGUUUUGAACCCACACUAGAAAUGUGAUCAUGCCCUGGCACGGAUGAGGUGCUUGUCUUAAUCACAGCUUUGUGUUUUGGGUGGGAUAAAGGCUGUGCAGCCACACUGUACAAAGCAGGUAGGAAACCAUAAUCCAGACACACGGGGCAUGCUGGGGCAUCCUUGUUAGAAACCAAAACAUGUUGUAACACUGGUGCUCUCUAAUUGUGCUUGCAUAUAGCUGAGCUCGGUGGUGAGAACAGGCCCUUAGGCCUUGUCUGAGUUACAGCUAUAACUGAGUCAUGAGAUCAAGUUUCAUCACAGCUGUCUGUCCCUCUGACCAGGCUGCUGCACUGUUAAAAUGUGUAGUGCAAGGGAGCCUCUAAAGAGGUAUGCAAAACUUUUCCCUCUUCUCUUCCCUUUCUAUUUUUUUUGCUGUGCAUGCAUUUUCUUCCUGCUUCAGUCUGGCUGCAGGAGACAAUUGUGUCUGGAACAACAGAGUCUCUUUACAGUAUGCUUUUAAUUCAGCUACGUAGGUUUAGAUUUCGAACUUUCACCGUUAAAGUUAGUGGAAAGUUCUAUAAGAGUUGCUUUAAAGGUCUGGAAGAGAGGAGGGGAGUUUUGUUUUUCAACUCUUGUCAUCUAAGCUCCUCCUCUGAAAUAGGAACAAUAUUAUUAUUGUGCAGAAGUGAUCUUUUACUAACGCUGAAUCAAUUUUUGUCAGGAAGGAUGGGGGACAAAGUUUCUAAACAGACAAUGCCCAAGAAUUCAUUUGAAAAUCGAACUUGAGAGGCAUAAAUUAGCUCCAGUUUUAAAAUAUGAAUCUAUUCACCGUGUUUCUUAAUAGGUACUUUACCUUAGUUGUUCAUGCUUCCUGUGAGAAUUACGAAGGUGAUAGGAGUUGGGUAAGGUUGUUACAAGUUGCUUAGAUAUUUGGGUGCGUUUCAAUUUUCCGCAGUCUCAUUGCAUUGGUGGGUCCUGCUUGGCCACCUGGAGGACAUGCAAGGUGUGAACUUGAGACAUGUCUCCUUUGGGGAAAAUCUGUGUAUGUGGGAUGCUGAAAUAGGGUUAACAGUCAUGCAUAAGUGAAAGUUUAAGGAUUUUAAGUUUAAGGAUAAGUUUAAGAAUGUGGAAUGCAUAGGAUCUUUUAUUCAAGGGCUCCAUGUCUGAUGACCUUUGAUCUUCAGUCUCUCUCUCUCUCUCUCUCUCUCUCUCUCUCUCUCUCCCUCCCCCCCCCCCAGCCUCUUCACCUUCACAUAAAAUCGCCAUUUUGCUCAAAGCACUUUUUCCCAACACAAUUUUGCUCUAAGAACUGGAUGAGCAGCACUGAGUUGAUAUAUUGAUGGUUCUGAAUAGCCAGUAACCACUGGGUUGUUUUUUUAUUAUUAUUAAAAUACUCAUAUACUCCCCUCUCAGAAAAUAUAUCCGUAGUGUGCAGCAAUUAUAAAAACAUGAAAAAAACUUUAGAAGUAAUACAGGAUCAUUGAUAAAUGACAGCUUAUUCAAUUAAAAUUUUAAACAACUGCAAAAGCCUGUCAGCAAUAAAGCAUCAAGAGAUGCCCAAAAUGCAAAAGUGAGACAGUUUUUAAGGUGCCCUUGGACCCAAGAUGUUCAGGGCUUUGUAUAUCAAUACAAGAGCCUAAUAAUAAUAAUAAUAAUAAUAAUAAUAAUAAUUUUAUUAUUUAUACCCCGCCCAUCUGGCUGGCUUGAACCUGGGCUUGUAGAUACAAAUACACUAGAUGAAAAUACCUUACGGUUGCAAGAUUAUAUAUUUGUAUUCCAUGUUGUACCCCUUUCCUGCCUAUUUACAAACUCUGAGGUUGGCUCUGAUGUAUUGGCAUUGGCACCACAGUGGCCUGCUCUCUAGCUGUAACUGUGCUAGAGCUGUAAAAGGGCAAAUAAUCCAUGGUUAACUUGAGCAUGCUUGUUUAAUGUGAGACUGCAAUUCUAACUCUGGCUCGGCUUGGUUUGGCACAAUUCUCUCUACUUUUUCCCCCCUCUCCAAAAAAAGUCCAACUUCAAAUCAGGUGCUGGGCGUGCUUUAAAGCACUUACCUGUGCAGAGCUUGGAGUUGUGGAUUCUUCAAUGGUGAGCUCGCCCCUGGGUACACCAGUCUGACUUUGUUCCAGUUUAUAGACUGCUGUUGUCUCAACAUCUCCCCCACCCAACCAGGAAGUGGUUGUGCCAUUAAGAACCUUUUUGAUUUAUACUUUGGGCUGCACAGAACCUUGCAUGGGUUACAUACAUACAUACCCAGCAUUGGUUGUCUGUGAAUAAUAUCUGUGUUCUACAUAAAAAAUAAAUGUGAGGGGGGGUGUUAUCAUGUCCCUGUACCUGGGGAAUAGGAUGCUAUGAAUAUUGCAUGAACAGUGGUGCAGCUUUUGGGCUGCUUCAAUUUGCAGAUCUGGCUUGAGAGAAGCCCUGAUUUUAGGAGUUUUAUUGUACAGCUUGUUUGAGUUAUGCUGCUGGUUUGCAUGGGAUUUUGGAAGGGGAGGUAUUCGUUCUGUGGACGGUGUUGCAUCUGUCAGCAGACCAUACAGAACUGCAUUUGCAGAAAACUAUUACAGUAGGAUCUCCCGCCAGAGAUGUCUCAGCCCAAUAAAGCAUACAGCUGCACUUCAUUUGAUAUUUUAUGGAGAGUGGGAUAUUAUGUCCAGAAAGUUUUUAACACUUUCCUUCCCUGCUGCCACCCUAGAAGUGUAGCUGAAUUCUUGGAGUACUUUAUAGAGGGACUUACGCAGUGCUAUUUUUCGAGAAAAAGUGGUGCAGGAAGUCACCACGAACACCUGUCUUGUUCUCUUAGAAUGGCAAUGGUGCCCACCUGAGAACUGAGUUCUAGAAAGUUCCAGCUGGAAAAAAAAGCCAUUUGUAUUUGUUUGAGUUUGGGGUAAAUUAAGCGUGUGUAUAUAUAUAUAUAUAUAUAUGCACAGGACAUAUCUUUUGCCUCCUCGACACACUUUUCUACUUCUUGGGUUUUGCUAUUAUACUAUUUUUGCUGUAUGUUAAGACAUUCAGAUAAUUAGUUCAAAAAAAUAAUACAGUGGUACCUCAAGUUACAUACGCUUCAGGUUACAUACGCUUCAGGUUACAGACUCCGUUAACCCAGAAAUAGUGCUUCAGGUUAAGAACUUUGCUUCAGGAUGAGAACAGAAAUCGGGCUCUUGCGGCGCAGCAGCAGUAGGAGACCCCAUUAGCUAAAGUGGUGCUUCAGGUUAAGAACAGUUUCAGGUUAAGUACAGACCUCCAGAAUGAAUUAAGUGCCGUAUUUUUCGCUCUAUAAGACGUACCAGACCACAAGACACACCUAGUUUUUGGAGGAGGAAAACAAGAAAAAAAAUAUUCUGAAUUUCAGAAGCCAGAACAGCAAGAGGGAUCACUGCACAGUGAAAGCAGCAAUCCCUCUUGCUGUUCUGGCUUCAGCGAUAGCUGCGCAGCCUGCAUUCGCUCCAUAAGACGCACACACAUUUCCCCUUACUUUUUAGGAGGGAAAAAGUGAGUCCUAUAGAGCAAAAAAUACGGUACUUAACCUGAGGUACCACUAUAUAAGGAUUGUAUCAGUUGAAAGUCUCCUUUGCGCUAUUAUGUUAGAAAGGCAGUGUGGCAUAGUGGGCAGGGCCUUGGGCUUGCUCAGCCAUGAAGCAAGUCCCUUAGCCCAAUGUACCUCACAGGGUGGUUGUGAGGAUUCAGCGGGAUAAUCCUCAUGUGCACCAUCUUGAAGCUCAUUGGAAGAAAAAAACUGAAAACAAACGCAGGAAAUCUUGAGAAUCUUUUCAGCUCCACGUGAGCAUUUCCAGUGCUUGGUUCUUACUCUGUGAAACAUACGCCUUCUUUCUGCACUGGUCAUUCACACUUGUUUGAUGCAGUUAUCAACUGGAAUUUUUUAUUUUAUUUUUAAGACUGCAUUUGGCAGCAUUUCAACAUGAAAGCAGGUUCCCGUAGCCUAGGACUGUAAACUGUAUAAUUUGUCCAAGGAGGCCUAUGCGUUACAGAAAUGAAAAUUCCUUUUCUUGACAGCCUUUAUUGCUUAAUGUGCAGCAAUUUGGCUGUCAGAAACAGCUGGCACAGUGGGGUGGGACAAUGGGAUAGGGGCGCUGGAGGAGGAAGUGCUUAUUCCAGACGCCCACUGAGAGAAUCGGGUUACGCAGCCUGUCAUUAACAGCAUGGCAUGAUGCUCUAAUCUGAAGCGCUACUUUCGCAUCUGAGCAGUGGAGCCUGUGGCUCAGACUGUAGGUAUUUCUGUUGAACAAGGAGGAAGAAAAUCUUCUCUGCUCUGGAGUGCCUUCCCAAACACUUCUCCACCUUCGUGUUUUGUUGACAUGUCUUUGUGGAGCUGAAACCCUUUAUCAAAGAGGACUUCUCUUUUCUUAUAAAGGUUAAACACAGAUUUUAAGUUCUUUUGUGUUUUUCUUUUGCCUUAGGGUUAUUUGUUGGUGGAAGGCCCUGUUAUGUUUUAUCAUCUAGCCUAUACAGUGGACCCUCGGGUUAUGUUACCUUCGGGUAACAUAACUUUUGAGUUGUGAACGCAGCAAACCGGGAAACACAUCCGGGUUUUGCGGCGCACGCAUGCGCAGAAGCUCUUUGCGUGCUUCGUGCAUGCGCAGAAGUUCUCUAUCGUGUCGCGUGCAUGCAUAGAAGCAGUGCCUCUAGAUGCAGACUUUUCAGGGUACAUAUGGGCCCCCAGAACGGAUUAAGUUCGUAUCCGGAGGGUCCACUGUAUGUAUAUAUAUAUGUGUGUGUGUGUGUUUGUGUAUGUGCAGUGCUUUUUUCUGGGGGUACGCAUACCUCUAAACAUUUUGUGAAUCUAAAUUUGGCCUCAUUGAGGAGCAGUAUUUCAAUAUGAGUAGGAAAAUGAGAGUACUGUACCCCUAAACAUUUUUUUUAAGAAAAAAAGCACUGUAUAUAUGUUUCCUUGGGAGUGGGAUGACCCACUAAAUUCAGUAGGACUUAUUUGCUAGUAGGCCCCCCCAAGGCUACAACCUUAUUAUCAGUGCUUUUUUUAAGGGGGCAUUCAAGGGUACACAGUGUACCAGCACCAAUCCCAAACCCCGUGUUAAAAUGUGACAUUUACUGUAACAACUUCAUGGUGAGUCCCACAACCUUUUUUCUUUUAAAAAAAGCACAUAUUCAUCAUCAUCAUCAUUAUUAGUUUGUUUACCACCCUAUACCCAUAGAUCUCAGGGCAGUUCACAACAUAAAAUCACAGCAUAAUAAACAGAAAAUACAUAAUAUAAAUAACAACAAAGACAACCCAAUAAUACAGCCAUUUCUUCCUUGCAAGUCCUGUUGAACUCAACAGGGCUGUAUCUAUCUUGCUGUUGUGAUGGCUGCCUUCUCUGAGAGAGAGGAGGGAUCAUGGUGUACAGUAUGUAUCCUUUGGGCUGCACUUUGCCUGGAAAACUGUUUGGCGGGUUGAAUAUAAUCAAGAUGACGCUCCAAAUUCCUAGUUGCAUGUAUUUGGGGGAGGGGGAGUUCACGGUUCUCUUCUCUCUAUUGAUUCUUGGGAGACACUGAGGAGUUGAUUUCGAGCAAAAGCAUACUUAAAUGACACUGGAGACAGCUGUCUGUUACAGUGGGACAUGUCUAUUGGGCUGCUUCGGCGCCAGACUGUUUUGUCAUCCGUGCACACAUUAAUAAUAAUAUUUCAGUGAAGGGCUCUUUAAUUUCCUCUUAUUGAAGUCUUUGGCAUGUUACUCAAGGCUUCAAAGGCCCGCGGCUCCUCCCCCCUGUAAAAUUGCUUGUGUGUAAAUGUUGCUGCAGAAAUAGGAAGCACUGCUUUGUUUUCUAGCUUUGCUAUUUGUUUGAAGGUGUGGGGAGGGGAUCUUAAUUGUAUAAUGUGUAGUUUUGAAAAUCUUAUCAAGGGGUACAAGGCAAAAAACGGAAGUGUGUACCUUUUAAAAAAAACAAAACUGUAUUGGCUAGCUGGAGACAUUUUAUCUAAUCACUUGUGCAUGUACAAAAGCAUACACUUUUGUUCUCUGGGAGCUAAUGCAGUGUGCACUUUCGCCUCACUUUAUCGGAGAGCCGCUAUGAAUCCAGAUGUUGUUUGGAUUAAAGAUAGCGAGGGGUGAGCUUUCCUAAUGAUAAUAACAGAGUCAGACUGGCUGGUUCUGCCCUGUCAGGGAAAUGGAGAGAUAAAAACUCCAUUAAUGGUGCAUGCACUGCUUAAGUAGCUAAUAAAACAAUGCCGUCUUCACUGGAAAUAAGUCCCAGAUUGGCAGUGAUCGGUGCCAACUGCACAAAGAGGCAGCUGCACAGAUUGCCGAGAAAGUAAUGUGUGUUGGCGAAGGGAGGAGGAGGAGAAGAAUGGUGGGCGAGAAGGGAAGGAGUGACUUUUAGGAGUUUGGCCUGUGCUUCUGCCUCACAGAAGGGCUUUCCCCCCACAUUUUGUUUUUUUGGGGGGGCACAAUUUUUAAAAAAAGUGGUGGGGGGAAUCCAAAAUUUAAAUGGAACAUCUGCAGAGUUACUCUUCCCAAAUGUCUGCAUAGCAAUAAAUACAAACCUGCGUCUGCAGUCUCUGGCUUGUUUUCCUUCCAGAGUCAGAGCUGUUCCUGGGCACUUGUGAGCAGCAGCCUCAUGCUGUUGGCUACUUCGGUUCGCACGAGCUGCUGGCUGUGAUGUGUUCAGAUGACAGAAGUGUGCAUUCUUGCUCCUACGCCAAUGCUGCCCUGGAGCACAAAAAUGUUGUGUUUUUUGCAGCCACGGCUUGUCACAUGGUUUACGGUUUGUAGCUGGUCCAGGAGGGCUAAGCCGUGAGCCCAGGUUUGGAUGACACACUUAGCCAAACUAAUAUCUGCACGGGGAAGCAGUGAAACAACAGGAGAGGAUCGACGUGUCUGCACUCUCUCCUGGAGCUUGUGCAUUCACGCUAAGCAAUAGCAUGGCUUAGUGUGAUGUGCAAACCAGGCCACUGGGUGAGACCUUUAGUCAAUUUAACUCAGUACAGUGGUACCUCGGUUUAAGAACAGUCCAGUUUAAGAACGAUUUGGUUUACAAACUCUGCAAAACUGGAGAUAGUGUCCUGGUUUGAGCACUUUACCUUGGUCUAAGAAUGGAAUCUGAACGGUGGAAGGGCACCGGUGGCUGGAGGCCUCAUUAGGGAAAGUGCGCCUCGGUUUAAGAAUGGUUUUGGUUUAAGAACAGACUUCCGGAACGGAUUAAGUUCGUAAACCGAGGUACCACUGUACUGUUGAUUUCUAACAGGCAGUGACUCUCCAGGGUGUCAGACAGGAGUCUUUCUCAGCCGUACUUGGGAUUGAGUUUCUGGGUCGUUUUGCAUGCAGAAUAUGUGCUCAGCCAUGGAAAACAAUAACGUAAGACGCGACGGCGCCUCUGCGCGGGUCACGUUUUGCGGCUUCCGCGCAUGCGCGUGACGUCAUUUUGAGCAUCUGCGCGAGUGGCGAAACCCGGAAGUAACGCACUCCGUUACUUCCAGGUUGCCGCGGAGUGCAACCCGAAAGCGCUCAACCUGAAGCGCAUUCAACCCGAUAUAUGACUGUAUACGGAUCAGUGUUGCACUUUGGUGAGGCGUGACUGGUGGUGAAUUGAAUGCUAUUGUACUAAGAAGCAGGCAGUUUCCUGAAGUAAAGAGAAAGGGCAUGUUCUGUUUCCCCCAGUUUUUGUCAGGGAGAUGACAAUUCCGAGCUCAUUUUCAGGUGCAAUAGAAGGCACCUUAGCUGGCCAUGGGUCUCUUCUGUUUCAAAUGAAGGCCUGAUGGGACUUUCUUUGCAAGAUGAGGAAGGAUCUUUUUUUGCAGUGAGAGGACUGACUAAACAUGCUGGGAUCUUCUUCAGCCCUGGGGAUGGAGAAGUGAUUUCUGCGUCAUCCCAUUCCGUGUAAUACAUUUUAAACAGGUGGUUGUUUUGAUGCACCUUUUUAAUCAAAGGUUUCACACUGGUGGUAAUUUUUACUGGAGUCUCUUUUUACACAGACCAAAGGAAUGCAAAACACUUUGGACAUGCAUUUUCCUUAGAACUGGAACUCCCGUUUUCCUUAUUUCAUCUAUUAUAUUAUAUGCCACCCAUCUGCCACCAGAGCAGUUCAAAAGUGGUUCAACUAAAUUGCUGUAAAAAAGAAUCAGUAUAAUAUGAAGAGAAGAGCAAAUAAAAUUGGGAAGCAUACUAUUUAUGCGUAAAAAGCAGUAAAAUCAGCAUGCAGGCCACACCAAUACAAUAAUCUCUCCUCCAGCAAUUUCUGCAGUUUACACACCAAAAGCGGUUGGUUCCAAGGGUUACACAUACAGUCGUACCCUGGACCCCGAAUGCCUUGGUACUUGGACGUUCUGGCUCCUGAACGCUGCAAACCCGGAAAUAAGUGUUCCGGUUUGCAAACGUUCUUUGGAAUCCCAAUGUCCGACGGGGCUUCCGUGGCUUCUGAUUGGCUGCAGGAGCUUCCUGCAGCCAAUCAGAAGCUGCAGUUUGGUUUCUGAACAUUAUGGAAGUCGAAUGGAGUUGCGGAACGGAUUCUAAUGUACAACUGUAUAAGCAAAAAUUGAGUCAAACCCUUGGAACUGCAAGAGAGCACCCUCAGCACUCCAGAGCUGGCACACCGAGCGGGCCUUGCUCUGCAAGCUUGGGCAAGUUCAGUGUCUUAUUUUUGACCUAGGGUGAAUAGGGAGUUUCACUUCAAGGCAAGCAACAGGAAAUGCUCCCCAAACUGGGCAUCAGAAAUGUUAACAAAUUCUGAAACACACACACACACCCCGGCUUCAAGCAGAUUUUGUUUGUGAUGGGAUGUAUAACUCAGGAAAUGAACAACAUACUUUAAUUCUUACUGGGGGUGGGGUCGGGGUCUGCUACCAAAGAUUAACAAUCAAAAACUGCUAGAACAUUUGCAAAGCUAAACAGAGUCUGGUAUGUUUUCAAAUUGAAUGGAGGACCAUGUGUUGAGAUUUCUGCAUUGCAAGUAGAUGAGCUGUGGGGGUCAAUUCCAACUCUACAAUUCUGUGGUUCUAUGUUGAUGUGACUGCAUCAAACAUACUUUGUGUUUCAAGCUCCUGCUAACUUUCUUCCAGUUGUGAAAUUGAGCUCUUGAUUCAUAAAAGAAUCCAUUUAAUGUGUUGGUGGACAAAAUACAUUCUCCUUGUCAGGCAUGUGAUUGCUUAGUGUAGGAAUAAACCAAUGCAGAGUUUCUCUGGGUAAUCGAUACGUGGAGAGUACGUUUUCCUUCCCACCUAGGGAUGAGCUGCAACUGACAAUUCUUUCAAUAUUUGAGAAUACAGAGAACAGAUAUUUAAGAAACAGAGAACAGUGUUGUAUAGUUGGUAGCCUACCUUUUUAAUUUCACCAUGAUGUUUGAUAAUGACAAAGGAUUUAUUUGCUCUGGACUACAGCUCAAAUCUCGUAUUUUGUCUCUUUAUUUCCUGUUCAUAUGUAUGUUUUGAUUUCCAGUUUUAGCCUAUUCCUGAUACAUGUUUUUAUUUGCAUAUCAUUGUUCUAAAUAAUAAUAGAUGAAAGUUGUUUAUAACUUGUUUUCUAGCAAGUAAUUAGCUUUUGAACUUUGUAGUUAGAAAGUGUGUGUGUUCUAAUAAUUUUCUUUUAAUAUUCUGUCAUUUAUUUUGAGCAGUCAAAUGACCAACUAUUUUCAUAUUUUAAUAUAACAUUCUGAUAAAACUUGGGGGGGGGGGCGGGUAUUUUCCUUCCUGCCUACCUCUUCACCCACCUAGGGUUUUUUUUAUGACUUCUCAAUCAAAGGCUAAUAGGUUUUGUUGAAAGCAAAGUAGCUGCACGGUUUUAAAAGCUUUUGAUGGAUUGUGAAAGGAUUCCUUACAUUACAGUAAAGGUCAAUACUUUAAAAUACCAUUUCGAGCUGACUAUAAUUUUGCCUUUUAAAAAAAGAGGCAAUCCUAAUAAUGAGACUUUUUUUAAAAAAAUGAAGAGGUUCUUUUGAAGAGGGUGGGCAUUUUACAAGACAAAGAGGGUUACUUUUAUACUUGGGUAAUCACACUACUUAAGAAAAAAAGACCACUAAAUAACGAAGAGACUUUUAUACUUUUUUUUUUUCAAAGUUUGUCCCCAGGAAAUCACUUUUCUUCUAGCAAGGUAAUUUGGCUUCCAUUCUUGCAAAAGGGUAUUACAUUUCAUGCAGAUCAGGAGAGAAGUUAUUUUUAUUAUUGCAAUUUCAUACAUGUAAAGAUUUUUAAGGAAGUGGUGAAUGGUGUAUUAACAAAAAAUACUGUAUCUGAUUAGCAAAAAAUACUGUGUCUGUUUGACCUAUCUCUCCCCCCGCCCUUGUCUGUGUCACACUGGUACCCCCUGGUAUAGGUAACGUGUGGCCUCUUAGCAUCUUAUAAUCACAUCCCCAGCAAAUGCUCUCAUUUUUAUCCCAUGUGUUUCCGUGCCUACAGCUACUUUGUUUGGACAGCUCAUGCUGGACCAACUUUCUUCAGUAUGGCAACGCUUUGUCCUCUACAGCAUGUUGUAGUGGUUAGACUAUGUAUUGGGGAGACCUAGGUUCAAAUUUCCACUCUUACUGCAAGACACACUGGGUGAUCCCAGACCGCUCCUUGUCUCUCUGAUUAAUCUACCUCACAGGAAUGUUCUGGGUAAAAUUAGGGAUGAGGGUAGUAGAGGAGAAUGAUGUAUUCUGCUCUUUGUUCUUUGGAGUAUGCAUGGCAUAAAAAUGUAAUAAAUGCUUGAAUUUCCAUUUUAGAUUUUGGGGACCAAUGACAGAGGUGUAUAAUUAAAAUAUUACAGUAUUCUCCGCAGUUAGUUGAAAUUUGUCUGAAGUAUGUUAGCAUGAUUUUGCGUGGUAAGGUACUGAGAGAUAAAAAUUGUCAUCUCUAUAUAUAUCUAUUUCAGGCUCUAUUCUUGUGAACAGUGUGAAAAUUGCCUAGUCAGAGAUAUGAGCUGCUUACAUUAGUUGUGAAAAUAAUAUAUUUACUUUUAAAAAUGCAACUGAUUAGCAACCUCUCAGUUUUUUAAUUAAUACUCAUCUGCAGGGAGCAUAUAUAAAAUUAUUGUUCAUAUAACACUUUAUAACCCAUAAUUUUAACACAAUACAUACGAAAUGUAUUUAUUUGUAAAAAAACAACCCAAAACAAACCCACCUUCUGGCCUUGUUUACGUCAUAUACACCCAAGGUGUUUAAAUAUCGCAUUGAAACAAACAAAACCUAUUCUGCAGCAGCUGAUCAAAUAACAAUAUAGGGCGGUGUUUGUGGACUAGUUUGUGAGACUGCGUUAAGUUUUACCUUAUACGCUCAUUUUCCUACCCGGGUGUCACUUCUCUGGUAUGUGACAGACAAACACAUACAUGUACACUGUUUCAUCUCAUGUAAUGAGCAUGAAAGUGUCAUUUAUGUGAACUUGUAGUGGGUUAUGGAAGCAACGUUAUUAAGGCAUUAUUCCAAAUAUGUAUAGGACAGCAUGUGGAAAUAAUGUUUGGAGAGGUCAAUGAUGCAUGCUAUCCCUGACCCAGAACUGGUGUUUGUGUGUAUAUAUCUCCAUGUUGAAUGGAGUGGAUUUAAUUAUGUUCAGCUGGACAUUGAUCAGCAUCUUGGACGUGACCAAGAACCCCGUUUGCACAGGGUUCCCAGUUGAGGGGAGAACUCAAAAGUGUGUUCAGCUGAACGUGCAAAAAUGUUCCACCUAGGACCAUGCCCCUUGAAUGCAGAAAGGUUGAGGGUGGUGGCAGGGCCAGUGCACAUGCCUUUCCACAUGGUUGCGUCUACACAGUUUGGAGGGAUGCCUGACUAGGCCUAGUGUGUUUUCAUUUGCUGUGACUGGAUAUACACAGAACACUGCUUUCUCCUGCAGAAGUGAGAGCGCAUAAGGAGAGCACAUAAGGAAGCAAAGAAGAGUGAGAGGUGCAGCUUGAGAGCAACUGAAUUAAUUGCGACACGGAGACUGUCAUCUUAAACACUUACUGGAGAAUAAGACCCAUUGAAUUUCAAGGGGCUGCCUUCCAAGUAAACAUGCUUAUCCUUACAUAGUGUGUGUUUGAAAAGCUGCCAUUUGUCACUUGCAGAUGUUUUGAGCCCUUGUCUUCCUCCAGACUGAAACUGCAGUAAUACAUUUUGGUGGGAUUCGUUUUACAAAUUAAAAUCACCUGGGGCACUCCUAAUACAAAAUUAAGUGUCCAUACAAACACUUGAUGUAGAGGUGUGAACGGUAGGAAUGGUUAUAAAAUGGAUUCCCCUCAGAGCUGGUAUGCAAGAGGAGUGUAAGCAAAUCCCUGGUUCAAAUUCCAUCACAUACUGGGGGCAAUAUAUAAGGAUAAUGAUAGAGGCCUACAUUAUAGGGCUGUUGUCGUGAUUAGUGAAUUGAGGAGAUGGAAACCAGUAAAGAACGCUUACAUAUACCGUAUAUGCUGCCUAUUUGUGACAGGGAUAUUGAUUCUUCCUUGUUUAUUUAAACCCUUGUGUUUCAACUUUACUGUUUUAUAUGGCAGGAGUACAAAAAAACCACGAGUCUCCUGGAGUUAAAAUAUGAGAUGCCGGUAAUUCAAGGGUAAUUCAUUUCGUCAGAUUAACUACUUGAGUGGAUACUUACAGAUUUGCUGGAGUGAAUAACCUGUAGGAACUGCCCUACAUUUUUAAAUACAAGAAUUGAACUUUUAGUUGGGAUGCUCUCCCUCAGCUUCUUGCUUUUUCUGGAAGAAAAAGAGCAAACCAGCCUCUGCCUGCAAAUACGGAAAAAAGAGAGCAACCUAUUUUCAGGUGCACAGAGACAGCCUGGGGAACAUGCACACAUACUGCGCUGCAAUGUUUGGCUUAAAUUUUCUAAACGUAUUCUUGGCGUAGUGUAUCUUAUUUGCAGAUGGCCUACUCUCUGGGGACUUGCUGCAACCUUUUUAAACUUGCUCUCCCUCCCCCCCCCCCUUUAUUCUUUUACGAUUAGCCUGCUGUCCCCCCACCAAGCACAUUAUACUGUCUUUCCCUGCUUAUAUUUGUAUUUUUGGUGGAUAUAUUUAAUGAACAGCUGUGCAUCUGAGUCACAUUGCAAAUUAUCCAAUUUCUCUCUCCCUCUCCCCCCCAUACCAAUAAGAUAAACAUCCCCCUCACCCCCAGCUAACUGAAAGAAAAAUACUGUCCGGAAGGGAGGUGGAGGAGAAGGAGGGAGGACUAUAAUGUAUGAAUUUCAAACAUAAGGCAGUUUUGUGGGCCAGUAUUUUCUGGCUUCCUCCUGGUUUAGCAUUUGUUUUACCCUGUAACAGCAGAGUGAGGGGGAAAGCAGUCAACCUGACAAGCAGUAAGCUUGCUGAAUUUUUGCAGAGAUGAACACUGGCUGACUGGCAACAAAGUGUUUUGGGUAGAGGGCAGAUCACCAAGAGAGGGCUACCUCAGGAGGAUGGUUCAAGUAUUUCUCAUGACUUUAUUUUCUCAUUUUUGAAGUAUUCUGUAUGAUAUUAAGCCUCUGGAAUAAUUUCAGGGUGGCAGAAGUGGGGGGGGGGGCUUAAAACUUAUAUUUUAAAAAUGGACUUGCCGCUCAUGAGAUUAGUCAUUUGCAGCCUGCCACCCUUCAUAUUUGGUUGGGACUCCCAACUCCCAUAUUGUUUUUAACACUCGAUUGGAAGCCACCCAGAGUGGCUGGGAAAACUCAGCCAGAUGGGCGGGGUAUAAAUAAUAAAUUAUUAUUAUUAUUAUUAUUAUUAUUAUUUUAUUUCCAUCAUGGGCAGCAGUCAAGGGUGAUGGGUUGCAGUAGUUCAACAACAACAGAUUGAGGGGAGGCUGCUGUAUGCUGUGCCCGCCUUCUCUUCAAAAAUUGGUGGACAAUAUGGGAUCAAUAAUGCAGUGGGAACUAGGGGACCUGCCUUCCAGAAUGUGCAGCUGUCCGUGGUGAAGUGAGAAGAGCAGGGACCCUUGGGAUUUCCUCUACAGGCCUCUCCGGCCAGCUGCCAUGUUUCCUUGCAAAUUCAAAAACAAAGUGUACCUUGCCUUACCUCAUUCCUCUCUUUUGUAAAACCAAAAAACAACAACAUGCCCCUCUUCUGGUUGAUUAUCGUCCAUAAACAUGCAAGACACACAGAUAGCAACUGGUAACUUCUUGGAAAGAGGAGGGGUGGAAAUUCCAUCAGCUAGAAAUAUUCCUGCCCUUCUAUUUAUGGCAUCAGUUCCUCUGUAAGUGUGAAUGCAACGCAUUGUUAACACAUUUUAAGUAUCUUGGUGGUUAGACCAGCAUGUCCUUCAUCUACAUUGCCUUACGGGUCCAGGGGUUGCAGGUGAAAGGGCUAUCGGAGCCCCUGAUAAAAAUGGACAAAAGUUAACGAAAGAGCUGAUUGAAGACUUACUCAUGUCUUGCACGGGUUGCAGCUGGCUCAGCAUCAUAUCUGCCAUAAGUGCUGUGUGUGUGUGUGUGUGUGUGUGUUGAGCUGUUGAAAUAUGAGGGGGAUGCAGCACAAGAGUCUGGCACACAUUAUUAUUAUUAUUAUUAUUAUUAUUAUUAUUUGUAUACUUUAGCAGUGCAUUAGCCAAGAUGAGAACAUCUAUGGCAGAGGUGUGUGUAUUUUCGGUGGAGUGUUCCAGGUCUUAAUUUUCCUUAGCCUUCAACACACAGGCCACAUUGCACAGUUAUUUCAGCUUACCCAAUGGUUCACAUUGAAAGUAAUUAUUAUUAUAUUUUAUUUUUAUUUGUUUAUUUAUUUAUUUGUACCUACCUACCUACCUACCUCACCUAUCUGGCUGGGUUUCCCCAGCCACUCUGAGCAGCUCCCAACCAAAUAUUAAAAACACGAUAAAACAUCAAAGAAGAAAAAACUUCCUUAAACAAAGUUGCCACAGGGCGGGCGCCACUACCAAGAAGGCCCUCUGCCUGGUUCCCUGUAACCUCAUCUUCCAGUGACGGAACCCCCAAAAGGCCCUCAGAGCUGGACCUCAGUGUCCGGGCUGUAUAUUGGGGGUAGAGAUGCUCCUUCAGGUAUACUGGGCCAAGGUGAGGAAUGAGUAGGAAUAUGAACUCUUUACACAGGAGCAGUACUCUAAACCCAGUAUUGUAUGGGUUUUGUAUGUAUACAAAUGUUAGAGAAGCAGUUCUCUCCUUCCCAGGGUGCCUGUCUCUGCCACUGAGUGUGUGUUUACUUGCACUUUAGGAAGUGAAGCCAACCAAAAUUCUGGAGUAUGCCCACAUAGACACAGUGAACAUGUGUGCACAUGGUAUGCUUUGUUAUUUUAUAGCAGUCAACAACUGUUUUGGGCCCAUGGGCCCAUUUGUAAACUGAAUAACCUGUAUUCCCCUCCUCCUCCUCCUCCUCCUCCUCCUCUUCUUCUUCUUCUUCUUCUUCUUCAUUUAUUUAAGCCCCAGCUCCCUGCCCCCCGCACAGGGACUCAAGGCAGUUUAUAGAUUGGUUUUGCGUACCACCCACAAUCAGCUGUAAAAUUAUUUUUUUAAUGAUAUCAAAGAAAUAUCCCAAACUUUAAUACUUUAAAUAAUAAUUGAUGAUAGCAAAUCAAGCACAAGCAUUUUGUCUGGACCUUUCUUCCUUGUUUUAAAAAAGGGCAGCUUGGCAAAUAUUGAUACACAUUUUGAUGCUACAAUAGAGUACAGUUUGUGCUGCAUUUACCACGCCAGGGGUAGCGUUUGGGUUUAGAAAAUAGAGUUUAGAGUGGGGGUCAGCGACCUUUUCCAGCCAUGGGCCAGUCCAUCGUCUCUCAGACCAUGUGGUGGGCCGGACUAUAUUUUGAAAAAAUAAUAAUGAACGAAUUCCUAUGCCCCACAAAUAAUCAAUAGAUGCAUUUUAAAUAAAAGGACACAUUCGUUUUUACUCAUGUAAAAACACGCUGAUACCCAGACUGUCCGCAGGCCGAAUUGAGAAGGCGAUUGGGCCGCAUCCUGCCCCCGGGCCUUAGGUUGCCUACCCCUGGUUUAGAGGGAUCCCCCCGCCCAAAAAAAACUCUUAAAGCUGCAAUUUUAUACAAUUUUCUAACUGUAUCCAGAGGGAUAAUUUUUUUGUAGUCUGUAACUGAAAAAAGAACAAAGUAGCAUUUUCAAGGCUAAACAAAUUUAUUACUGCUUACGGUUUUGUGGACCAGAGUCCAUCUCAUUAUAUGUCCUUGCUUCAUCAGAUGGAAACAUUGUUAGCAAUGCAAACAAGAUAUAUAGCUUUACACAAAGCUUAGAGAGUUGACGAAACAAGUUACUCAAAACCUUUGUGUAGUGCAGACAUAUAAGCCAACACAGUGAGGCAAUACUAGAGGUUUAGCUUUGGUAAUCUUGCACAAUAGUAGCUACUGAAGGUUGCUUGCUAAUCUUCUAAAACAAAAUCAUUCAUAGAUUUGUCUGUGCAGAGAUAUCUAAAACGUGAUGGGGGGGAGUCAAAUGAUAGCAACAGUGCUGUUUUUCUUGUGAGGAAUGCCACUAUCUAAUAUUUGUGUCUCGAGUGACGUAUGCAGCUUGGAUUCUAACAUCACUUCAUGAAUGGAAAGCGAGCGGCCAUAACAGAAGGGUCUCUUCUGUGAGCACAACACUCUUUCUUUUAACAGAAGCCGCUUUUGUCAGAAUCCAAGCCUUGAGACUUGAAAAAGUGUUUGAUAUAAAGUGGUCUGUAAGUUUUUGGGGUUUUUUUUUGCAAUGUGUGUAGAAAACUAGUUUUGUUUAAGAGGCCAUAGCAAGGUAGAGGGGGGAAAUUGAAUGUGUGCAUUCAAGAUAGUGGGUUUUAUUGGACUGCUUGUAAGUCUCUCCUGGGAGGGUAAAGGUAAAGGGACCCCUGACCAUUAGGUCCAGUCGUGACCGACUCUGGGGUUGUGGCGCUCAUCUCGCUUUAUUGGCCGAGGGAGCCAGUGUACAGCUUCCGGGUCAUGUGGCCAGCAUGACUAAGCUGCUUCUGGCGAACCAGAGCAGUGCAUGGAAAUGCCGUUUACCUUCCCGCCGGGGCAGUACCUAUUUAUCUACUUGUACUGGCAUGCUUUCGAACUGCUAGGUUGGCAGAAGCAGGGACCAAGCAAUGGGAGCUCACCCUGUCACGGGGAUUCGAACCGCCGACCUUCUGAUCUGCAAGUCCUAGGCUCUGUGGUUUAACCCACAGCGCCACCCGCGUCCCUUCUCCUGGGAGGGGGUGGGUGGGAAUUGUACACACACAUAACAGCCAUGGCUACAUUAAGAUGGACGUAUUCGUAUUUAAAUUCAAAGCAAGCAAGAUAGGAAAUCAAAGCUGGGGAAGUAAUCCUGUCGGUUAGAGUUGGGGCGCCUCUACUGAGAUACUAUAACUAGAGGUUGUGUCUAUUACGAAUAGAAAGCAGGACUGAAGGAAUCUCUCAAGCUUCAAGUCUUGGUUCAUUGCCACCUCUUUUAUAUCCUUGACCCCCUUCCUCUUCUCUCCCCCCCCCCCGCCUGCUGCAGAAGAAGGCUGCUCAAUUAACUGAUGUCCAGAGGGUUGUGUUUCUUCUCCAGACAUCCAUAAUUCUAAUCUCCCAUGUUUUAACAAUCAUCCUUUCCAAGGGCUUCCUUUUUAUCUAAGGGAAAGGUAGCGGCGGAACCUCACUUUAUUUUUGUCUGAAAUUCUUGGCAUCUCUUUGCGUGGAGUUGAUGUGUGUGUGUGUGUGUGUUUAAAAUCAAUAGGCUUUCUUUCAAGGUUUAUUUUUAACCAGCUUGAAUUAACAGUCAUAACAGCAGAUCCUGCCUUCUCUGAGCAAAAUGGCAGCCAGGAAGAGAUCUUGACAUCCCUUCCAAAAGUUUCUUGGUGGGCUGUCAACUGCCUAGGCAGCAUGUUGGCCUGUUUUAGAGAACUUCAUACAGUAGAAAGGAGCUGGACUCUCUUUUUGAAAAAUAAGCAUUUUAGUUUAUCUUUGUUUUCUUUGGAACUAAGACAAGAAAUGUUGUUGACCUUCUUGUUUCAAUUCUUGCUUAAACCAUUUGUUCUGAUUAAAAAGAAGGUUAUUGAUAAGACAAACAGUAUUUUCAUUCCAUAUCCCUAGGACAGAGAAUCUGAAUUUCAGGCAAGCUGAUAUUGCAAAUUCCUCCUUAUUCUUUUUGUUGCUGUUCCUACGAAAUCUGUGCAGCAACUCAACAAUGAAAGCUGUGUUGAUAAUUUCUCCAGGUACAUAAAAACCACCAUUAGUUUGUAUUUAUUAGCCUGGUUCGCACAGCACAGUAAGCUAAAUUAUGAUUUACCAGUACCAUGUAAUUUUGGUGGCUUCCGGAUAUGAGUUGCCACUCCUUUUGUUCCUCCCUUGACCUUUUAGCUUGGUGCAGUGGCAACUAGCUACGGUUUGGCUUAGUGUGUUCUCCAAAUCCAGGAUUGUGGUUAGGCUCUUCAAUAUUAGAAAUUUAGAUAUAUAAGCUAGGUGCCAAAUGGCACCCUAAACCUAGGUUACGGUUGCCACACCAGAAUGGCUAUUUGCCAGGGGGCUGGAGUAGAUGACUCAGAGUAGCCCCAAUGAUCAUCAGUGGACAUAAGUCUGUUCAUUUCAAUGGGCUUACUCUGAGUAUGAUUGACAUUGGGUAUUAUUACCCAUUGUCUCUUAGUUGGUAAUUAUUUGUGCAGCAUUUGAAGGAACAGUAUUUAGACAGCAUAUAGGCCAAAGCCUGAUUGGUUUUAAAGAGUCAAAAAAGUAUUGCUAGACAUCUAAAAUGAAAAUAAGGCUUUCUUUCACAAAAGAAUUUGCAUGACUUUUGCUGUAUCAGUUGGUUUUGCACUGAAAUCCCUCAUAUCUCCUUGGACUCCAUAUUUUGUGUGUAGUCUUUCUAACACAAAUAAUUGAUAUAUUACUAUGAUUUUAAAUAGUUGCUUAAAAUGUAUAUUGUACAGCAUAUGGAUGGCAUGCCUGAUCAUGGCUCAUAAUCACUCCAAAGCCAUGCAUCUUUUAACCAAAGAGGUUAUAUCUCUCACUUGCUUACUUUCCUUUUGGAUGGAUCCCCUAUUUAACUUUGCAAUCAGGUGGGCAAUUGGGUGCAUGCUGUAAUUUUUUCAAUACUUUCUUCACCAAUUUGUGCUUAGAAAGCUGAAUGAAGUCUGGAACCACUUUUACAUGCUGAUGUUCUUUCUGGGAUGUGACCUUCGGAGAACACUCAAAUCUAAUCGCCAUCUUCUGGAGUUCAUUAAAAAAAGCUGCUCUCUGUGGAGAGGAGGAAACAAAUAGCAAAUUCAUUUCUGACUUGAUGUUACAGGAGGGAGGAGAAGAUAUAAGAACUAGUGUGAACAGAGAAAACUGCCUUAUACUGUACAGUAUAUAUUUAGUUCACGGUACUUUUAUGGACGCGGGUGGCGCUGUGGGUUAAACCACAGAGCUUAGGACUUGCCGAUUAGAAGGUUGGCGGUUCAAAUCCCCACGACGGGGUGAGCUCCCGCUGCUCGGUCCCUGCUCCUGCCAACCUAGCAGUUCGAAAGCACGUCAAAAGUGCAAGUAGAUAAAUAGGUACUGCUCCAGCAGGAAGGUAAAUGGCGUUUCUGUGCGCUGCUCUGGUUCGCCAGAAGCGGCUUAGUCAUGCUGGCCACAUGACCCGGAAGCUGUACGCUGGCUCCCUCGGCCAAUAAAGCGAGAUGAGCGCCGCAACCCCAGAGUUGGUCACGACUGGACCUAAUGGUCAGGGGUCCCUUUACCUUUACCUUUUAGUUUUUAUGCCGACUGGCAGAACUCUCCAGAGUUUCAAACAAGGGUCAAUGCCCCGUCUUUUUGGGUUCUCAACCUGCAGCCUUUCGCAUGCAAACCAUGCCCUUUGUCACAGAGCUAAGCCCUUUACCUGAAAAUAGAAAGCGAGAGGGCUGUGUUCUUGUUUGUUUCAUGCUUGAAUGUUGUGGGAACAGAGGAGAGGUAGGGUUUUUUUGUUUUUGUUUUAAGUAAACUAUGUUUGAAUUGUGUGGGGAGUAUGGAUUUGGGAUGGGAGCUAAUUUAAGGCCUAUCUGCCCUUGUGUUAUAAAAACACUUAAACCACUGCUGCUGGGGUAUUUUUAUAGUUGGGACAUCUGUGGCUUUGUGAAGUAAUUACACAGUGACUUGUGGGUGGGUUGUGAAGGUGAGUGGGACUUGUUCACGAUGGAUGCAGUUUUGCCAUCUUCCUUGCCAAGCCCCCUUCUUCUCCUCCCCUUGGGGUUCUAUGCAGUGCUGUCACACAAGCAAUUUGGGAAGCGUAGCAGCUAAUUCAAACAGCAUCAAUUUGCUCUUAUCCCGCCAGUGGUUUUCCAGUGCUGACAGAGAUGUGCGUACAUUUGUCGAGCUUCUCAGGGAGAGAUAAUAAUUUAUUAUUGUGCAUCAGGAAAAAGAAGAAGGCACAAUGGCUCUCAGCCCAUCUUAGGAGAAACGAGAGAGAGCACUUUUCUCAGUCUGGAUUGUAAUCUGCUGGUGACUACAGUGGUGAGUGGAUUAGACCCCUAGUGAGAAAGGGGGAAGAGCAAGGGCCUAUCCAAUUCAGAGCUCACCGACUUGCCUCUUAGAAAUUGUGUCUGAUAAGAUAUAGCUAGCUCUCAUAGUUUUUGGUGGGGUGUGCCCUCCUUCCCCAGAGGCUAUGCUAAGAUUACUGGUGCAACAACUCACGAAAGUCACACUUGUUUGGAACUGCUUUUGUGGAAUGACAUCUCUGACAGAUUUUAACUUUCUAGAACAAACCGAUGGCUAUCCAGAUGUUGUUGGACAGUAUUGACUGAUAGAAUAUUAAUGCCACAUACAAUUCAGCAUGUCUUCCUACUGGAGUCCUUUUUAUUGAUAUACUGGGUCGGCAAGCUGAUCACCUCAAGCAAUACCAGACAUUUCGUUUGGAGCCCUAAUAAUACAUGCUAGUGUUAUUGAAAACCCAUUUCUAGAACUUCAGCUAGCACUCUGAAAAGUUAGGCUAAAUGGUUGGUGGCAUAUGAAUCCCCUUUGAUACCCAUCCUAGAGCAUAAAUAUCUCAAACAUUUGGCUAAAUAUUGCCAAUAUUUAAAGGCAUUUAUAGACUGCACAGUUUAUACAAGACUAGUGCGCCUCUCACAUAGAAGCAGAUACUGGGCACGCUGCAACUUUCCUGGUUUUCUUCAAAUUAGAUACUUCACUAGUUGAGAUAGCAGACCAAGUUGGCUGGAUUGUCUAUAAAAGGCUGGCUGACAUGGGACAUCUUGUCAGAAAGAUUAGCUUAACAGAAUCAGGCAGUUAGUGAAAAAGUAAAGAAGAUGAAUCUGUUGCAAUAUGGUGGCCUUUUACUUCUUAUGUAAACAAGAAUGGACAUUUACUGCAACCUACAGUGAGUCAUUGUGUAGGGCAUAUCUAAAUGGCUUGCAUUCUGUUUACGAACAUUUGCUUUUAUUGGGACAUACUCUCUGAAUUCUAUUCUGAAUCACUGAGCACUUGCUCAGAUAUUCUGUGAUAUGAACUUUUGUAAUACCACUCCAAAUGCGGUUGUAGAUAAUGUUAUUUGUUUAUAUUGUUUUUGAUUUGUUGUACGUUUUUGACAACUCAAUACAAGCAAUUUUCCAAUAAAAUAAAUUAUUACAUGCUUGUGAAAGCCCCUGUUCAUAUUACCUUAUGUAGGAUUGGCUGGUAGGGCUGGGUGAUAAUCUGGUUUUCAUCAUUGUGAUAUAUAAUCAGCUAAACAUUGUGACAUAUAAAUAUUUCACGAUAUCUGAAAGGACGUUACCCCAUUCACCUACAUAGAGGUGAAUGGGGUAACGUCAUUGCAACUGCUACCUAGACAGAGAGAGGUGGGGAGGAAGCAGCAGCCGAGGAAGAGUGAGAUGCUGGAGCGGGAACCCCCACACCCAGAGUCUCAUAAGGAGAAGCCUUCCCUUUCCUAUACACUGUCUCCCAAACCCCAUUUUGAGGUGACUCCUCACCCUGUGGGGAAAGGACCCAGGGAGGGGAGGACAGGAGGACCAGUGAGCUCUCCUUGUCCUCCUUCCACCUAUUGUUGGGGAGAGGAGGAGAGAUGAGGAGCAGCCAAGGGUAGAAACGAAACGGGAGCUUGUUCCCACUUGAGCUGAAGUGGAGCAGCCAGAGAGGGGAGAAGGAGGGAGCAGGACACUUUGGUUGUGGGGGAAAUGCCAAGGCUGGGACUGUUCCUCCACUGGAGGGAAGGGGAGGGGGAAAGGAGCUGAAAGGGAAGGCAGCAAUCUCACUCUGAGCAAAGGGGAGGGGAAAGGGAAGGCAGGCCAGGCAGCCACCAGUCUCACUCUUGAGGCUGGAACUCUUCCUCCUCCAGACGGAAGGGGAGUCGGAAGGGAAGGCAGCAGACAGAGAUCUCAUCACCCCCUGGAGUUUUGAACACGGUUUGCGAUAUAUUCCCAGGUCAAAUAUUCUGAUACUGUCGUUGUGAUGUGAAUUUCAAACCGCUUUUGGACUUAUGUAUUUGACUGGAAAAGGCCAAGGAUAUGUGGACAUGUAUACUCCCUUUUUGACUUGUGAACACACUUAGCUUUUCGGUUCAGGAAGAGGCCUUUUUUCUUCUCUUUUGCCCUUGCAGAAUCCACCCUCUUUGGAAGGCUCUUGAAGUCUGUCUUAAGAGAGAGUCGGGGUCUUGGUAAACCCAAGAAGUGGCAAUUGACGCUCAGGCAGCUGGCCGUGUUAAUCUUAGGUAUGCAGUUGAGUCAAGUAGUUCUCUCUUUAUUUUGAAAGCAAUAAUCUUUUUUUUCCCCCUUUUCCCUAGGUCUACAAUGAUAAAUGGACUUCUGAUUAUUCCUCUUCUAGUAAUGGUGUCUUUUCCUUCACCCAGCAUGGAAGGUAAGUUAUGAGGGGGGUAUAAAACCUGGGUUGGUUAUUUUAGUGCCUGACGAGUCACAGGAGGACUGUGGCUGCUCAUCAGUCACAGGGAGCAGAUGCCACGUUUUUGCAUACAUUCUUGUAUGGGGCAAUCAAGAAGCCAAGCUGUUGGGAGGAAAAGUGCAAAUAUGGAGCAAGGAAGCCAGAAACUACAGGGUUUUUGUGUGUGUUGUAAAUUUUGGAGUACAGUAGUGGGUACCAUAAAUUUGGAGAGGGAAUAGAGGACAAAGAGUGUUUUCCUCCCUCUGACUUAUUCACUCUACCACCCAAGUACUUUUCUUCUUCUGGGGCACACUUACUGUCUCCUGAGUGUGAAUAUUUGUGAGGGAAGGGACAGAAAGUUCUUACAAGGAUAGGAGCUGCACACUUGCUUGCUUUGCUCACCCCCCACCCCAAAUAAAUCCCUUUAGACACAGUUGGGGAACCUUUCCGGCUUCAUGGGCCAGAUUUGAAACCUGUAAAUCUCACAAUUUAAAUGAUAAUAAUUAUAAAAAAAUAUUAUCUACCCUUCACCAGACUCUCUUAUUCCACCACCCUCACGUUAAAAGUAGCAAGGUAUCAGCAUUAAAUCUAAUAAGAGAACAUCUGUUGGUUGCCUUUAUAUAUUUAUGUAAUGAAUCUCAUUAGAUGGCAGAAUAAUGUCUUGUGAAAAAUACUUGGUUGACAUAAUCUGCACUAGCAAAAAAAAUUAAUCCCCCCUUAAAGCCCCUCUAGAGUAUCUCUGUCUAUGCAUUUUAAAUCUUGGGCAAAUGCUUCCUCUUCCAUCCUAUCCUGGCCCAUGUUCCAGUUUGAUACUUCCUUAUAGACUUCGCCCUUGUUCAUAUUUUGUUUCUCUUUCCAUUGUUCGGUUCAUUGUUUGCUUCAUAUAGAAGUGUGGGUGAAUAAGUAGGUGUGUUGAUGUCAGAUCCAAAGGGAAGAAAAUGAAAAUGAGAACAAAUUUAUUUCCAUAGUGGCUGCAAACUGUUGACAAGCCCACUUAGAUAGCUGACAGUGUGUGGUUCCUCAUUUAUGUGGCACCAGAGUAAGAUUAUUCAUUAUGAACCUGUUGGUGAAUCUCUUGCUGAGAUGUACUAAGAUUUCUGAAUGAAAUAUAUGUCUGCUUUUGCACCACAGCAAUACUGUAGGCUAUGGUUUCAUUGCCAAUAGUCUUUCCUAUGGCUUCCAUAUAUGCAAAAUGAAAUGUGACACCACUGUGCUAAAGUCUCUUUGGCUUUUAGUCCUUUUAGUUCCCUGUUGCUUGUCUGACAGAUUCUAUUGUGUUUGUACUUCUUCUUUUAAUUCUUAUGUUUACUGUAUGCCACCCUGGAAAGGCUGUCUCAAAAUAUUUUAAAUACAUAAAUGGUACUAACUUGAGUUAGUAGAGAGAAGCAUGGGUUUGUUUGUUUGUUUGUUUGUUUGUUUGUUUCAGGGGUUUUUUGCACAUGAACUUCUGCUAGUCUUUUCUAACUUUUAUAGGGAGGCUACAAAAAAUGAUUGCUGCUUCCUGAAAUUACCCCCCCAUCUUUGAUUUAGAAGGUUAUAUUAUAGCAUGAUAUACAUGCAGGAACUCCCUUCUACCACCAACUUUUUGCUUGAUUCUAUAUUUGGAAUUGGAAGAUGCUGAUAGAAAGGUUCAAAAGCUGCAGAGAGAAGUUGAUAGACUUACGGAGAUUUGCUUCUUUCUGCGUGAAAGGAAAGUUAAUCUCUGCUGCAAAACCUAUGGUCAUGAGUAUACACAGAACAGGGCCUAUUACUCUGGUGGUAUUCCAUGGCUUCCCCCAAAUAAUUUUGGGAGUUGUGGUUAAGGGUGUUGAGAGUUGUUAGAAGACCAGUAUUCCCCUUCCAGAGCUACAAUUUCCAGAGUUCCUUCUGAAGAGGAAUUGCCUGUUAAACAACUCUGGGAAUUAUAGCUCUGAGAGAGGACAUAGAAUCGCCACAUAUGGCCACAUACAAUUGUGUAUGUUACCUCAGCAAAAGGAACGGCACACAUUUCAGAAAUAAAACGUUGGCUUCUUCUUUUUAAAAAUCAAUUUGUUAACAUUUUAUGUAUUUGUGGUUUAGCUACUUGGAAAUUAAAUACAUUGCUGCUUUUAAAAAAAAACACACCAGAGGGAUAACCCUACCCAUGUUCUAAAUAUUAUUUUUUAAAAUGUACAGUGAAUAAUGUGUGCAUGCAACAUUGCUUUAAGAGAGCUGGUGAAUUUCAAGAUGAGUGGGAUUAUUCCCCGUUUUAUUACCCUGCAGUUGGCCGUUCUAGUAUGAUAGAACUUCUCAAACAAAAUGAGGGGACUCUUGAGUGCUGCUGCUGUAAUGAUUUUCCUGAAAGAGAACCAUUUGGGGAGGAAGAUGAGGUAAUUCAACCUCAGUGUGCCUGUCUAGCUGUAUAAAUAGAUCACUGACACAACACCAUUUUUUUUCAGCUGCAAAACUGAGAGGAAAACAUGUCCCAAAAACUGAAGCAUUGAACACUUGGCCUGUCCUUAAAGUUAGGGUAGAAAGUAGAUGGAAAAUGUGGAUCAGCAUGAGUCAAGCAUCCCUUCCAUGUUUUGUUUUUGUCUUGAGAUGUUCAGUUUUUUUGCGUGGAGAGCUCCUUUCCUAUCUCCCCUCCCUUUCAAUUAGUGAUAGGACUUAUGCUUUGCCUGCAGACUUGCUUUGGUCAGAGGUGAACAUACAGGCAAAAGUGUUUGAAAGCCCCAAGAAUGUCUUGUGGAACCCAUUAUGCAGUCUUUCUGUUAUCUGUAUAGAUUCUUUCGUGCUUGAAAAGCCAGGCAUUACUUGACCUCAGUAAGAGGCACUGUUCUGUAGAUUAACAAAAUCCAACUCAGCUCUUUAAAGCUUGGAUCCUGAGUUGCUAUUUGACUACAGCCCCUGUCAGCUCUGCCAGUACAGCCAGUGGCAAGGGAUAGUCGAAGGGCAGAGAGACAAAAAUUUUCAUGAAAUAAUAAUAAUAAUAAUUAUUAUAAUAUUUAUACCCCGCCCCAUCUGGCUGGAUUUCCCCAACCACUCUGGGCAUCUUACAGCACAUAAAAAAUUGUAAAAUAUUAGACAUAGAAGUUUUCCGAUACAAGGUUGCCUUCAGAUGUCUUCUAAAAGUCAGAUAGUUGACAUCUGAUGGGAGGGAGUUCCACAGGGCGGGCAGCACCAUUGAGAAGGCCGUCUGUCAUCUCCUUGACAAGAUGCCAAAGAGCAAUGCCAGGAAAACUAUUUCAAAAUAGUGAACUGGCCACAAAAACCAUCAUUAGGGGGAGAUAAAGGAUUUUAACACAAGUUAGAGCUAUUCUUUAGUGAUGGCCUGAAUAAAUUAGUUUAUAUGUCUCAAGGUGCGAAGCCUGCUUUGCUUAUAAGGUGCUGUGGGACUUUGAGCAACUCCUAUGGGAAGGGAACGCCCCAACCCCGCCCCUUCCAGAUUCAAUAUAUCUGCAUUUGGUCCAGGAACUGGAGUGGAGUCCAUUUGAACUCUUAAGUCAAAUAUCUAGGACUUGUAGCUUCCCAGGAUGUACGUAGCAAUUGCUUUUGUGUGGAAGUGGCCUUAUCAACUUCUUGGAAAACUAGCCUAUUGAGGAGACUGCCCUGGCCUUGUCCUUUAUCUCUUUCUUUCGUUUUGCAAGCAAGCAGAUGUUUGUGCGGGUGUUUUCUAAGAAGUGCAUUCUGUGCACAGGGAGGAAAUUUAUGUCUGUUCUGAAUAAACUGGGGGGUAGUGGAACAAUCCAUGACAUUUUACAGGGUUCACCCCCUCCCACACAUUUCCUUUGUUGACAUCUUGUCCUUGGGCCUUGCAACAUAACCAUGGCCUAUGUGCUCUUGCCUUGUUCAUUUUCUUAAGUUAUAUCCUUUUAAGACUGGGUUGUUGAACUUUCUUGUUCUCUUAGGCAGGGUGAAAUAACGAAGGGACCUCAAAUAUAUUUAUCGUGUGCAAGAGCUCUUCUUAAUGUGCUCUUGUCCAUAUAGGCACUUAUUUACCAUACAGCCCUAUUUGGGACACAUCUACUUGGUUACAUCCACGCCAUACAUUUAAAGCACUAUUAUACCACAGUAACCUUGGGAACUAUAGUUUGUUAAGGCUACCAGAAGCCUAACCUCUGUGUGGUCAGCAGACUUGGAACUACAUUUCCCAGGUUUCUUCAUGAAUAUUACACAUUACACCUUGGUGCCGAUGUAGUAUAUGUUGUUGUUAAUGCUGCUGUUUGUCUGGUCUGGUAAAGAUUGAUGGACUGUCCAUGAAUAUACAGUGGUACCUUGGGUUAUAUACACUUCAGGUUACAUACGCUUCAGGUUACAGACUCCACUAACCCAGAAAUAGUACCUCGGGUUAAGAACUUUGCUUCAGGAUGAGAACAGAAAUCGUGCUCCGGUGGCAUGGCGGCAGCAGGAGGCCCCAUUAGCUAAAGUGGUGCUUCAGGUUAAGAACAGUUUCAGGUUAAGAAUGGAUCUCCGGAACGAAUUAAGUACGUAACCAGAGGUACCACUGUAGUGCUUUAAAUGUGUGGGGUGGUCCUUUCCUUCCCUCCUUUUUUAUUUUUUAAAGAACACCUGGUCUUUAGCAUGGUGGCAGGAAGCUGUAACGGCUACUGGUUUCCACUUGUGAUUUUCAUGCCACUACUCUUUGGAAUGUGGUAACUCAAACAGCCACGUAACUUGUCUUGACCCAGUACCUGAACUAAUAAAUGCCACACAAAAUUACACAGUGGACAUAGCAAAGCCCUAUUACCCUAGCAGUUAUGCUGUGACACAGGUUGUAGCAUUCAUGCACACUUUAAAAACUUAUCAUUUUUGCUUACGUUCAUUUUCUGUCUUGGCGCACACUCUUGUUUUUCCUGUGUAUUUACUGAAUGUGAAAAGAGUUCCCAGUUAGGGAAUAGUGACAAAGCAGAGUAGAAAGUCCUGCCUGAUUUGGAUUAGGCCUGUUGUAGCCUUUUAAUAGGGACGUGGGUGGCGCUGUGGGUUAAACCACAGAGCCUAGGACUUGCCAAUCAGAAGGUUGGCGGUUCGAAUCGCCGCGACGGGGUGAGCUCCCGUUGCUCGGUCCCUGCUCCUGCCAACCUAGCAAUUUGAAAGCACGUCAAAGUGCAAGUAGAUAAAUAGGUACCGCUCCGGUGGAAAGGUAAACGGCGUUUCCGUGUGCUGCUCUGGUUCGCCAGAAGUGGCUUAGUCAUGCUGGCCACAUGAUCCGGAAGCUGUACGCCGGCUCCCUUGGCCAAUAAAGUGAGAGGCUCACCGCAACCCCAGAGUCAGUCACGACUGGACCUAAUGGUCAGGGGUCCCUUUACCUUUACCUUUACCCUAUUAAUCUGUAAAAGCAGAAUCUCCCAGUUGUGUUUGAACUUCACCGUCAAAUAAAUGGGUGGGGAGAGAAGAAGGUUCACCCUAACCCUAAGGAAUCAGAAAUAUCCUGUGGAAGUUCACAUAUGAAUUUUUUUUAACGUGUAAAAUUGUUUUGUUAUCAAGAGAAAAUUGGCUUUGAAAGAUCACAUUGGUUCUCUUGUGGGUAGAUGUUUCGGCAGCUUUUGUGCACCUUUGGUCUGGAUGGCUGGCCAAGGUGUUGAGGGCCAAGAUCAAAGGGUGGGGGGAAAUGUCAUUAUCUAAUGGUUCGUUAUGGUUAUGUUAAGAUCAUUGCCAUCAAUUCCUGUUUGUGAGCUUCCCGUUUGGCGUUGGAUCAGCCACGAUGGUGAGCAGGAUGCUGGGCUAAGAGAGGAUCUUGGUCUGAUCUGGCAGGGCUCCUCUUACCAUUGGUGAAUGCAUUUCCUGUUCAGAAAUUCUUAUAUCCUUCAUAAAAUGCAAAGUUAUAACAGAGACAAAGUGGUUGUGCCCAUCUCCCUUCCUGUGUGGCAGCAGCCUCCUAAGCCUGGGAGUGGGAAAUGAGUUUGGUUGCAGUGGUCUGCUGUGAUUCCAUUCCCUCGCCUAGGUGUUCCACCCAGGAGCCGCUUAAUCUGAAAUGUAUGUUCCCAAGGAUGAGUUUGCAGGAAGGAAUUGGGUUUUUGGUGGUGUGCCACCAGUCUUCCCAAAAGUCUCCUUGCCUGAACUUUGGCUAAUGUUUGCAGGUCUCAAGACAAUGUUAGGAACAGUAUUUUAUAAUAAACUGAUGACUGUAGCUCAGUCUUUCCCAAAUGAAUAAUUUGUAUUUAAUGCAUAAAUGUUUGCAAUCCUGGGGUUGUUGAUUCUCAUCCUACCCACCACUGCAAUCAGACACCAAUCCAGAUCUAAUGAUUAGAAGAAGUUGUUAGAUGGCCAGAAUUUUCUAUGGAUAGAUCAGACCCAUUCCCCCCCCCCCCGAUAGCAAUACCUGAUCCAUUGCACAUGAAUUCAGUUAUCAUGAAAAGACUUAGAACAUAUGAAUGCCUGAACUGUGUUCUAAUUACUCCCCAGCUUGAGAUGGAUAUUCCAAUUUGUGUAUUGAAAUGGAGUGGAGGUGCCUUUCUCUAGAUGAAAAGUGUUUUGGAAUGAUUGGUGGUAGUAGAACUGCCGUUAAAGAAAACAACAACAGCCCAUUUGAAUUACAGGCUGUAUACUCGAAAAUAAAACCUGUGCUGGAACUGAAAACCAGGGUCCAUGCUGUGAAUUAUUUUUAGAUGCUGCUUUGUGCAAUUAGCUUUGUUUUGCUUAGUGACCAUAUGCUAUUUUCCCCCUCCUGUUUAAGCCAGUAUGGCUGCUAUUAAAGCUAGAUUGAAGAAAAAAAAAGAAAGAAAGAAAUUGCUUUGCUUUGCUAACAAGACAAGUUGACUUGAAUGGCUUUCCUUUCACCAUUUCCAGAGGAUUCUCAAUCAUUUUAUUAUAUAAAAAUAUAACUGUGCUAAAUAUCUGUUUCGCUUCCAGCAAUAUUCUCAAUGUUUUCCAAAUGUGAUAUAUGUGUCUCUCUGUGUUUAAAAAACUACAAAAAAAAUUUAGUUAUGUGCCUCGGUUGGUGUGGCAACUGAUCUUGCGAGGUAUUGAACAGUGGCUGAAAGAAUUUACCAGCUGGAGCUUUAGGGCAUAAUCCUGGAGAUCCUUUUGGCUAAGAGACUGUAUUAUGGAUGGGGGCACCUUGUGGCCCUGCAUAUGAUGCCGGACUCCAGUUCCCAUCAGGCCCAACCAGCAUGGCAAGUGAUCAGGGAUGAUGGGAGUUGCAGUCCAACGGCACAAGGCCACCGAUUCCACAUACCUGAGCUGUAGUGUUUGGUGGAAGCCCCGCUGUGCCACUGGAUGUCAAGCUAUGCUGCCUACAUGGAAUAUAACCUAGGAGAACAUGCCACAUACUGUGGAUAGAGGAGCCAUUCUGCUGGUGACUAUAUGCCAAUAGAAUGGCCAAAAGGGGAUGGUGUCAUGGGGAGCAUGCGCUUCAUCUUAUGUCUUCUAUCCGUGUUCACACACAAACCUGUUGAAGGUGCAACCAUACCUAUCAUGUGUGCACACAUACACAUGAAAACACACACACACACACACACACACACACACCAAAUGGUAAGACAAAUGAUUUUAGAGCAGCUGGUGUGUCCUGGAAAGUUUAAGGGAACACUGUGUCCCUUUCAGGCGGCAUCAUAAUCUUUCCCAAUGUGUACAUAUAUUAGAUCAGAUUUAAAGCUAUAUAUUAAUGAAUAAAUACAAAUAAGAACUGGUUGGGAGUCCAUAGCACUGCUAAUGAAUGAAAAGAUCCGCCUGAUAUGUAAAGGUGAGACUUGUGUUGAAAACUGAUCAAAGCACACCUGGAUAUUGUUUUGCUUCUCUCUGUUCUGUGUGAUUCUUAAUUAAUUUGUAAUGAAGUCUGUACAUUUUUUAAAGCAGUGACUCCUCAACCAUACUCUAUUUGAAAAUCCACUUCUGCUAGAUGUGUUCUGGCUGGUUGCUUGCAUAAAAACUAGCAAACUUUGCUUUCUUCCUGAAAUAGUUGUAAAAAAAGAUAAGAUUUUGGUUUAUCCUUUGGGUGGAGUAUUUGUUGUAUACACAUGCAUUCUCUUGUGUAACAAUUGACUGCUAUUGCCUUUUUAGCCUGUUGCAAAAGUGAUAAGUGAUAGAUUGGCUGCUUUCCAGAUGCAAACUGCUACGAUAGAAUUGAGCACUGCUUUCUCAGGAACAUCUGGACUAGAAAGAAAGAGUGUAGAAGCAUAAAACCUCCUGUAGGCAGUGUGUUGUGCUGGCUAUUAGUAAAAAGUAAAGGUACCCCUGACCAUUAGGUCCAGUUGUGGCCGACUCUAGGAUUGCGGCACUCAUCUCGCUUUAUUGGCCGAGGGAGCCGGCGUUCAGCUUCUGGGUCAUGUGGCUAGCAUGACUAAGCCACUUCUGGCGAACCAGAGCAGUGCACGGAAAUGCCGUUUGCCUUCCCGCCGGAGCGGUACCUAUUUAUCUACUUGCACUUUUGACGUGCUUUCGAACUGCUAGGUUGUCAGGAGCAGGGACUGAGGAACAGGAGCUCACCCCGUCACGGGGAUUCAAACCGCCGACCUUCUGAUCGGCAAGUCCUAGGCUAUGUGUGAUGUGCUGGCUAUUAGAGUUUUGCACAAAUAGUGUACUUCAGAUGACGUUGAAAACUGCAGUUAAGGAAAGGGGUCUGAAUUGAUAAACCACAGUUUGUGCGUGGAUGGCAAACCAGAAUCAUAAACUAUGGUUUGAAAUUGGAUUCAAAACAAUGGUUUCGCUAAAUAUAGUUUGCAUGUCAUCUGAAUUGACAAGAUGUGUGGGAUGCAUUCUAGAGAAUAGGCCUAAUGUGAUUGGGUAAUUAGGUUUUACAUCAGCAACGUUGACACCUUUAUAGGAUAGAGAGAUUCUGAGUGGCUAUGUAUUAUUUAUUACUAUUUAAUGGGUUUCUAGCCUGCCAUUUAGAGUAUAUACUCUUCCAGAGAAGGUUACAACAAAUCAAUAAAAUACUACAUUAAAAUUCAAGGGUGAUAUCCAAUACUAGUCAUACUGAGAGUGGACCCAUUGAAAUAAAUGAGCUUAAGUUACUUAAAUUCAUUGAUUCCAUGGUGCCUAUUCUGACUUAGUUGGAUAACACCCCAAGGUUUUAAAAUGGCAGUAAGAACAGUUAACAUAAAAAUGUCAACCAAUAGAACAGUUAUUUUUAAAUGGCCACAACAGCACCUCAGUGAAGCCAAAAACCAGAAUAAAAGAGACUUCUCCUUAACCUCUGUCCUGUGGGCCAAUUUUAACCCCUCCAGGGUGUCCCAAGUUGGCCUGCAAGGCCAUUUCUCACAGACCACAAGUAGCAUCAGUUGGUGGGUGGGGUGAAAUCCGGUUUCGGCUGGGCCUGCUGCUUCCCGGUCAUCAGAGCAGAAUUUAACCCCUACCUCUCAACUGAUUCAGGAAGGGUCUUGCUUUGGAAUCCCUUGCUAAAACAAAUGGAGGGAAAAACACUUUUGUUUUGGCAGCACCUUUCAAGGCGUGCUUUGAAAGCUCAACUUUGGGACGUCAAUGCACCUUGCAUCUGAUGUCAUUGUAAUGUCAAGUGAUUGACAGUUUGGUGCCUCUACUCACCUGUCAGUUUUGGCUGCGAGGCCAAUCCUGUAAGGAUCUUGCCCAGGGAGCCCAAAAGGUUUCUCUUAUGAAAAUGAUAUACAGGUGGUACAUGACCCCAGUCAAGCUUGCAGAAAUUUAUCGUUUGCCCGAUAACAAAUGCUGGAAAUGUAAAGAAACUGAAGGUACAUUCUUUCACCUUUGGUGGACGUGCCCAAGGAUUAAGGCUUUCUGGGAGAUGAUAUAUAAUGAAUUGAAAAAGGUAUUUAAAUAUACCUUCUUGAAGAAACCAGAGGCCUUUCUCCUAGGCAUAGUCGGCCAAUUGGUGCCAAAGAAGGACAGAACUUUUUUUAUGUAUGCCACAACAGCAGCAAGAAUACUCAUUGCAAAGUAUUGGAAGACACAAGAUCUACCCACUCUGGAAGAAUGGCAGAUUAAGCUGAUGGACUAUAUGGAACUGGCAGAAAUGACUGGCAGAGUCCGAGACCAGGGAGAAGAGUCGGUGGAAGAAGAUUGGAAGAAAUUCAAAGACUAUCUACAGAAAUAUUGUAAAAUUAAUGAAUGUUAGAAUGAUGUUGGAUAGAAAUUAAGUGGUUUCCAGCUGUAAUGCUUUAAGGGAAUAUGAAAAAUGGGUUGUUAAUAGGCAAAAAUCUAACGUUACUAUUUUAAGACCAAAGAUUAGGAUAAAUAAAGAGGGUAAGGAUUUGCUGAACCAACAAAUUGAACUGGAAUACAAAAAAGGGAGGUAUGAGGAGGUCCGGGAAACAAGCUAAGGAAAAAUAAGUAAUGGAAAAAUUGAGUGGUUUUCAAUCAUUUUUAUUUUGUAUUUUCUUUUUCAUUUUCAUUUUUAUAUUGUAACUUUGUAUCUUCUUUUUCUUUUUUAUAUUGUAAUUUUCUGAAAAUCUUAAUAAAUAUCUUAUAUAUAUAAAAAAAAGGUUUCUCAUCCCUUCCCUAAAGAGUGGGGCCAUGCAUAUUUUGGGGGAGGGGGGCAUUUUUGAGAUACCGAGGUCUUUUUGGUUUGCUCAAAACUUUCCAGAGUGCGCUUCCCAACUCUUGGAAGUUGUUAAAGAGGUUGAUGUAUUUGUAAUCUUUGGAAAUAAAGACUUUGUGGCAAUUUGUAUUAGUUGCUGUUGAGCUCCGUUCAGUUUUGUGUACAAAUAUCACCCAUUGUGAAGAGACAGCCCCACCCCCAAAUGUUUGAUUUACACACUCAAAAGCAUAAAGUCAUCAGAAUGCACCAGCCUUCUUUGUAGUGUGAAAUGUUGAUAAGCUUGCAGUUUCUUCCCAUUCUCCUCCUAGUGGCGUAUCAAUAAAACUGCUGGCACAUUUCCAAAGCUUAGCAGGGUCUGGUAUGGUUUUAAACUGAAUGGGGAACCACAUGCCGUGAUUCCUGAAUUGCAGGGGGUUGGACUAGAUGCCCCUCGGGGGUCCCUUUCAGUUCUAUGAUUCUAUGUCUCUCGGAGGGGAGAAUGAGCCAAAAGUUGGCAGAGCCACUGAACCAAACUAAUUUUUAUGUUUCAAAAAAUGAUAAUGCAUUUGUUACAUGUGUAAGUCGCCUAAUGAAAUGGUGUUUUCCUUCCUUCUUCCCCCAUGCAGAUGAGGAGCACAAACCUACCUUGAUUAACUAUGACUGUGUGUGUGAAGGCACGUCAUGUGUGAAUGGCGACCGCUGCAGAGGCCACCAGUGCUUUGCCUCUUUGAGCAUCAACAAUGGCGCUAAAGUGUAUCAGAAGGGCUGCUUCCAAGUCUACGAACAAGGGAAAAUGACAUGUAAAACACCUCCUUCCCCUGAUCAAGCGGUCGAAUGCUGUCAGGGUAACCUGUGUAACAUGAACAUCACAGCACAGCUGCCGACGAAAGGUGAAAGUCUUAUUCUCUGGCUUCCAGAAACAAAUUUCAUAUUAUUAACAAAGUGUUUCUUAUAAUAAGUUCAAUGUCUUUGACUUGAGGUCUAUGAUGUUAUGGGAUCUGUGGCCUUGGAACGUGUGUGACAUCUCCGGAAAUGGAAUACUGUGGUACCUCGGGUUAAGAACUUAAUUCGUUCUGGAGGUCCAUUCUUAACCUGAAACUGUUCUUAACCUGAAGCACCACUUUAGCUAAUGGGGCCUCCCGCUGCCGCCACACGAUUUCUGUUCUCAUCCUGAAGCAAAGUUCUUAACCCGAGGUACUAUUUCUGGGUUAGCAGAGUCUGUAACCUGAAGCGUCUGUAACCCGAGGUACCACUGUACAUGAAAGAGAAGGGAGGAAAAGUUGGUUGUGGUGUGUGGAAGCGUAUUGACCAAUAGUGAUUAUUUGGAAAAUUACGGACCUCAAUCUCCGUGUGAGAGGCAAGUGUAUAGGCCUCUCCAGGCGUUACAGAUAGGGUUAAGUGGACAUGUGAGGGGUGUGGCAGGAAUUAGUGUUCUAGAUCUUGCCUCCCAAGUUGGAGAGUUCUUGAAGCAAGAAGCUCCUGUAUCUGUGGAGGCUCUCCACACUGGAAAAUCAGGGUUUUAUAAAACACAGGGAGAUUCCACAGCUACAAAACUGCUCCCUACAGGAACCAGGAGUAGCUUAUACUGUAUGAAGAACAAACUGAAAUCUAAAACCGAAGAUGACAUGGAAGUUGGUGGGACUAUGAAGUUAACAAACCAGGUGGGAUACAAGUGGAAGGGCCCUUCCACACUUCCUAUUCAUAGUGGUAUAGUUGCUACCACAUAAGGUCCUUAAGGGGUGUGACCACAACCCUGGAACUUUUCUCAGUUCAGGCACAACUCACCAUUAGUGUGGAGAAGAAAACCGCUCUCUAAUAACAAUGUCAUGUGACCAGAGAUGCAGGCAAUCGGUUCCAAAUUCAUUCUUGAAAACAUUAACUCAAAGAGCAGUUGUACCACUUAUAUCAAUCUUUAUUAUGGUCCAGAGACCCAACAAAUCAUUACAAAUCAAUACAAAAUUCAUACAGCCUACCUUCAAGUUAACCAAGCAUUUUGUUCAGAAUUUAGUCUUAUAAAUGAUAAGUGCAGAAAGGCCCUAAAAAAGAGGCACGUUGUGAGGUACCCGUGGGACCAUCAGCUUCUAGUUGUUGGAGAAAAGCUUGGUAGGUUCAGACCUGGCCUGGACGGGUGAUCGGUUGAAAUCCAUGUGGACUUCCAUGAUGUCAGAAAGGAGAAUAUAAAUGUAAGAAAAUAAAUACAUAAUUAAAAAUAAGGAAUAUAGAGUAUUGUAUUCUGUCAGAGCACAGGAUGCAAGUAUCCAUGGAAGAGCUGGGCUUGCAAAGUUCAAGAGCUCCAGCUGGGUUCCCAUUUAUUCUGCUGGGCUGUUUUUCAGAGUCUACCAGAUAUUGGAGUUAACACCAGAGCUGGAAAGACAGAUUUCACACUUUUAGGUUAUAGCUUCUCGUUUUUUUGAUGGCCAGGAGCCGAGUCUCCCUCCUCCCCAAAGCCUUCUUCAGCACACCGAGUCCUUCUGAGACAGCAGAAUUCUCCAUUUAAAUUGUGUGGGGUUUUUAAAAUAAGGAUUUACAAUAAAUGUACACAAGCGAGUGUCCUUCUAUCUUUCUUUUCAAUGGACUUUUGUCAAAAUUCCCAGCAUUUAAGAUUUGACUUACCUUCUGUUCUUUCUUUUUGUUUUUAUGUGAAGGGCACCCACUUCAAGGGGAAGCUGUGGGUUACACCACGGAAACACUUAUCAUAUUUGUCGUAGCAUCAGUUCUGGCGCUCCUGAUAUUUUCUGUAGUGACGUUGCUGAUCAUCCGAAAAGUGAAACAGUACCAUAUGGAAAGGCUCAAUUCAAGGGAUCCAGAAUAUGGAACCAUUGAGGGACUCAUAGCAUCAAACGUUGGUGACAGCACCCUGGCAGUAAGUAAAUCUUGUCUGUUGUUAUGCCUAUGAAAGCAUUCUGCUGUUUUUAUUUUUUGACCAGACUGCCAAAAAUGUUACUUGUGAAAAGUGAACACUACGCACAGUCUCCUCUCAACUACCUUUUUAUAAGCUUGGAGUAGGCAUUGCCCACUCUCUUAAAAACUAAAAUGUCAUUAGGAGCUGAAUUCUGUUCCCACCACCACCUUCUGUGGAUUAUUUUUAAUGCUCGCUUAAGAAGAUCCCUGUUGGCUUAAGACAAAACCUUGUCCAGCCCACUGACCUGUUCUCACAGUGGCCAACCAGAUACCUAUGGUUAUCCUGCAAACAGGAUGUGAGCGCACUCCCCAUUUCUGAUUCUGAUUCUCAGCAGAGGGGUCUGAGACGUUCAGCUUUACUGGGAGAAUUAUGACACAGGGAGGAAGUCUGAUGAUUGAGCUCAUUCAUUCUUGUAUGUCUUCUGGUGCUUUAAUUAGAAGUGAGUUAACCACGAUGUGCAAGUGCUGUGUUUAUACAGUUGAUAGCAUGAACACAUAUUAGUGUUGGCAUGGCGCAAGGGCCUCAAGACUGCUGUACAAGUGGUACCUCUACUUACGGAUGUAAUCCGUUCCAGGGUGCCGUUCACAGUCCGAAAAGUAAGUAGAGCGCUGCUUCCUCGCGUGACACAAUGGAGCGCUCCUGUGCAUGCGCGAAACACGCAGAAUCUUCUGCGCAGGCGCGCAUGGCGAAACCCGGAAGUAUACACUUCCGGGGUUGCCAUGUUUGCAACCUGAAAAUCUGCAACCUGAACCUAACGCAGCUAGAGGUAUGACUGUAUAUUUUGAAGGCAGGAUCAGUAGGAUAUCCAUCAUUCCUUUGGUAAAUGCUCUAAAACUGAACAUAUAAAUUGUUUUGCUGCCACCUUGUGGUUAUACCUGAGUGAUUUAAAAUGCAUUUUUUAGUACAAGAUUGUAGUAGAAUUAUACAAAUCCUUUUCCUGUUGAGUUAAUGACACUUGCUAAUAUCUCUAUAUCAAAGGUGUGUUCACACACACACACACACACACACACACACUCUUUAUUUAUUUACAGAUUUUGUUAUUCUGAGUGGCUUUAAGAAAGGUUUUCUACUCAGUGCUUAAGUCCAAAACAGGAAGUUUCUAAGCAGUCAAAUUUCAGUAACCUCUUUGAGCUUUAACAGUUGUAACCCUAUAUAUUUAUUUUCAGAGAUAAGCUGUGUUAAGUUAUUCCUUGGUCACUGUGCGUAGGCAUGUAGCCGUAAACAGUUAUAUUUUGACUGCUUUAUCAAAUCCUAUUAAAAUUAUCUAAGGGUGGCAUUCCUUUUAGGAACUCUUACAUGUAUUUUUGCUUAAGGGUGAGUCUAAUAAAAAUAAUGAUAAUGAUAAUAAUGUAAUUAAUUAUAAUUAAUAAUUAAAGCAGUGUUAUUGAACUUCAUAUCUCCCCCCCCCUUUUGAUGAAGUCACCACUCCAAAAUGCCACAGUUCUAAUAAACUAGUUAUAAAAAGAUGAGCUUCCCAACCAAGAGGGAACAUCAGUCCGCCCCCACCUUCCCCCAGUGGCAUAAAUUAUAUAAAACUCUGCUGAGUAGGAGCAGUUCUCCAAAUUGGGUGAUAAACUGCAUUAAAACCUGAAUAGACAGUUAGAAGGGGAUUACAUUUCAGUAAUCUCUGCGUUAAGCCAGUCACAAAAGCUUUCAGGCAUUACAAUGAAGAUUUGCAUUACAAUGAAGAAUAACCCCACUUGAGGAGGAGGAGGGGCCAGCAGGGGGUGAGUGUGUCAAGCUCUGCUCCCCUCGUCCUCCUUCACAGUUCCCAUCACUUUCCAACAUGUGGAAGGCAAAGGUCUGUGUUGGAGAACCUUCUGCAUCUUGUGCAUGUUCAUAGAAUCAUGGAACUGUGGAAUUGGAAGGGACCACGAGGGUCAUCUAGUCCAACCCCCCCGCAAUGCAGGAAUGUUUUGCCCGGUGUGGGCUCAAACCCACUACCCUGAGAUUGGGAGUCUCAUGCUGUACCGACAGAGCUAUCCCAAUGGAUACUUCUUGUGCCUUUUUAGAACCCAGGAAAACCUGUACUGAAGACUCCCUGCUGCAGACACUUUCUCUCUUAAUAGUUGGUAAUUGGGGUCCUUGUCUCCCCAAUGCCCCGCCCAUGUGUUACUUGAACUCUUCAUUGCAAUGCCUGAAGGGGGCUUUUGCUAGCAUGUGUUCACACAACCUAUAUGUACUUUUUUUUCCAACACAUGUAUGGCUGCGUAUAUGUUUUCAGUAAACCCUGGAGUUCAGCUCUUACUGGUUUGGAUGGUGGAUGUCUUUUAAAAAAAUAUAUCAACUAUACAGUGGUACCUCGGGGUAAGAACUUAAUUCGUUCCAGAGGUCCGUACUUAACCUGAAACUGUUCUUAACCUGAAGCACCACUUUAGCUAAUGGGGCCUCCUGCUGCUGCCGCACCGCCGGAGCACGAUUUCUGUUCUCAUCCUGAAGCAAAGUUCUUAACCUGAAGCACUAUUUCUGGGUUAGCAGAGUCUGUAACCUGAAGCGUAUGUAACCUGAAGCGUAUGUAACCUGAGGUACCACUGUACUCUAAUUGCAAAGUAGUGUAGAUUACUGUUUUGGAAGGUCUGGAAUUAUUAGCCUACCGUUCCCUAGCAGGAAGAGUUCCCUUUUGUGGUGCAGAAAACCAGGGAGCAUAUUGUAACUCCACCUUGUAUCUGUUUCUGUGCAUUUUUUAAUUUGCAAUUUUUUUCCUGAGUUACUCCGUGCUCUCUCACAUUUGAUCUGUAAUUUGUGUUCCAAGCUGCUCUGUACAAACAAAACUACGUGCUCUCCAUUCACUAGGAAAACAGCUAUAGCCUCCCCUCCCCUUUGGGUCAAAGUGGAUGCAAUUUACAGGUACAGAGGCCAUUGCAGAGUGGAUUAAGCCUUCCAAACGGCAGACAAAUAGGUCCCUGAGUGCAAUGUAAAUGGAAGAAAAAUGCCUUCAAUAAAUGAAUUGAAGGGAGGGAGGUGGCAGAAUGCCAACUUCUGUUCCAUUUCAAUUCUAGUUCCAAAUAUGUGGUCUUCUUUUUCACACAGGAUUUGUUGGACCAUACCUGUACAUCCGGAAGUGGCUCUGGCCUUCCUUUCCUGGUACAAAGAACGGUGGCUCGGCAGAUUACGCUGUUGGAGUGUGUGGGUUAGUAAUCUUAUUCUACCUGGGCCCUGAGGAUUCCUUUGUGUUGUGUGCACGUAUGAGUGCAUGCUGUGGAGGAGGGUGCGAUCCUGUACACAUCAACCUGGAAGCAAGUCCCAUUAAACUCAAAAAGGGUUUACUUCUGAAUAGAGACGUAUAGGAUUGCACUGUAAAAAACAGCAACAGUGUGUCUGUGUUUCAAAGAGAGGCCAAAUGGUUAAGCGGCUAGUCUGUAUUGAGUCGCAAGUGGAAUCUUUGGACAGGAAGUCCCUUCUGUGUAACGCCAAGAGCCUCAAAGGUGUCGUGUGUCCCAUUACCCUGGAUUACACCUGUUGUUGAUGAACAUGUGCCAAAGGCGAGGUAAAGAAACGAGAGACCAGCGUCAGUCGUGUGAGGCUGCCAAGGAGAGCAGGUGGCACUGUGUUGAAUUAAGCUUAUUUUAGUCUGCUUGGGAUGAACCCAGGGUCCCCAGUGUCCAGCUCAUGUACUGCUCCCUUCUACUGUGUCGCCUUCAUUUACCACAUACAUCAAUGCAUUAUUACUGUUAUUAUGUCUUUUACUUCCUACGUGGCAAACAAGCGACGCUAUUUUCAUGUGUAAAUCAGUUAGCAAGUCUCUCCUGCUCAGUGGUAGAGUGUGUACUGUGUAUGCAUUUGCCCACAGUUUCCAAUCUUUGACCUCACCUGUUGAAUUAUUUUCAGUACAAGGGCUGGGGGUGGGUGGGGAUGGCAGCUCCACUUGGUAAACUCCUGGAGGGUAGGCAGUACUGUGGGCAGAUGGUAAGAAUAUAAGGCAUAUGAGAUUCAACUUCCAAAAGCAGCCACACAGUUAACACGCACCUGACUCAGAAUCUUCAAAGUUCCUAUGGCGGGGUAUUGGUGGAACUGAUAUCAGCAUUCCCAGUGCUCCAAGCCUUUAGUAACUGCUGGUGCCUGCUUGCUGAAAUAGAAAGAUAUGGGAGGUACAGCCAGGGAUUUAUUUAUUUCAGAUGUUUCAGAGCUAGCUGUCAAGCCUAUAGCUUUCCUAAAGCUGCUUCCGUUAAUAACAAAUGCACAGUUUUGUUAAACAAACACAGAAACAUAAAAAUUGCAACAGUACAGCUGGUUUAAAUGUACUGUAUACAAUCAACACCUGUAAGAAAAACAAAACAAAACACCCAGUUAGCGCCUCUAAAAUGAAGCAUUUCAUUAAAAGCCAAGGAAAACAAGUGGGUAUUAAAAAAAAAAAAACUUUCUGUAAACCUCUGAACCAAAGGAGUCAGCCAUAUAGCCCUUGGAAGGAAAUUGUACAGAAGAGGGGCCACCACGAAAAAGGCCUAAAUUGAUCUCAGAGCCAUGUGCCUCUGAAGUUGGUCUUAAAACUUCCGUUAUUGGUAAUAUUUGGCCAAAGUCCUUGCUAUGUUUCCUCUCCACCCAACUACAUCCUGAAGUUGGAAUCUCUUGCCUUGGAGCCUGAGCACCAUGAACGGUUUGUUUUUAAAGUGCCUUAAAAUGUUGAUUUAGUUUCAUGUCUCUGCUCUGGCCUAGCCUGGAACCAUCCUACUAUUUGCUUAAUGAAGACUGCUGCUCAAAUCCCAUGUAUCUGUUUGCCUGUUCUAGGGAAAGGUCGAUACGGUGAGGUCUGGAGAGGACAGUGGCAAGGAGAAAAUGUUGCAGUAAAGAUAUUUUCUUCCCGAGACGAGAAGUCCUGGUUCAGGGAAACGGAAUUGUACAAUACUGUGUUGCUGAGACAUGAAAACAUUUUAGGUGAGCGAUAUUUUCUUAAUGGCUUUUGUAUACAGAUAAGGGCGUGGGGAGCAUUAAAAAAGACCUGGACCCUGAGUCUGCUGAACGCUGUAGUGCAAGGCUUUCUCCAUCCCCUUUUAACUAAGUUUUUAUUCACCUUAAUCAAGAAAAACUUGACUCCUGCAGAAAUAUAUCCUUGCAUUCGGUUUUCUGUUAGCAAAACCAUACUCAUGAGCAGGAUUCCCCCACCGGCCAAAUACCAUAUGUGCACCAUGAUAAAAAUGUUUUUAAGUAUACCUCUGUGUAAUCCUAUGUAUUAAGCAUUAUGUCAUUUCAGUACACAUUUCCAUUGCCGAUAAGAUGAAGCAGACUGUUAAAAACAGACUAUAUUUGCUAGAGAUGGGGAACAUUUUCCAGUCCACCAGCCUCAUCCUGUCAUGGGCAACCAUCUAGGGACUAUAUGCUGGUGCUUGGUUGGGACCAGAGACAUAGCAACUGAUGCGGUUCUUAAAUGUUGUACAUUCCAGCCCAUGCAAAAAUUUCUAAAUGCCCCCCAUGUAUGUGUGCAUACAUAUACUAGCAUCGUAUCUGUCCAUCCAGGCAAGCAAUAAGUAUCACAUUUUAAAGACACAUUCCAGGCAGGUGAAACCACUUGAGGAGAGCACAGGAUGAGGCUGUUGUGCGGUUUGUCCUUCAGAGGAGCUGUGGUUUGUGGCUUGCCCCUGUGGGUCUGAGGUUCCCUAUCCCCAUGGAGUACAUACAGAAGAGACCAUACAUUCAGAAGAGACCAUACAUUUAAAGCAGUAGCGUACCACUUUAAUCAGCCAUACUUUCCCCCAGAGAAUUCUGGGAGCUGUAGUUUGUUAAGAGAACUGAGAGUCCCCUGUUCCCCUCACAGAGCUACAAUUCUCAGAGUUCCCUGGGACGCAGGAUUGACUGUUAAGCCACUCUGAGGACUGUAGUUCCGUGAGGGGGAGUAACAACUCAUGGCACCCUUAACAAACUACAGCUCCCAGGAUUCUUUGGAGGAAGCUGCGAUCCUGCUUUAAAUGCGUAGUGCAGCUGAGGCCUUGGUAGGCAUGGGUUCAGAGUACAGUGGUACCUCGGGUUAAGUAUUUAAUUCGAUCCAGAGGUCCGUACUUAACCUGAAACUGUUCUUAACCUGAAGCAGCACUUUAGCUAAUGGGGCCUUCUGCCGCUGCCAUGCUGCCGGAACACGAUUUCUGUUCUCAUCCUGAAGCAAAGUUCUUAACCUGAAGCACUAUUUCUGGGUUAGCAGAGUCUGUAACCUGAAGCAUAUGUAACCUGAAGCUUAUGUAACCCGAGGUACCACUGUAUUGACAGUAAUGGACUUGUAUGUGCGUUGCCAUUUUGUAGACUGUUACGCCUUUUCAGUCAAGCUAAGAUUGUGGGUUUGAAAGCUAGAAUUUAACACUGAGGAAAACGACACUGCAGCCUGCAUCUUGCAUGGCCUAAUUCUGGAGAGAGUUUAGAUAGUGAGGGAAAGGAAACCCCUGAUCUUUUCACCUGGUGUUUCUUCUCCUUCUUUCAGGGUUUAUUGCCUCAGAUAUGACCUCUCGGAAUUCCAGCACUCAGUUGUGGCUAAUCACCCACUACCAUGAGAUGGGCUCUUUGUAUGACUAUCUGCAACUCACGACGCUCGACACAGUGAGCUGCCUGCGGAUAGUCUUGUCUAUAGCUAGUGGCCUUGCACAUUUGCACAUAGAGAUAUUUGGGACCCAAGGGAAACCUGCCAUUGCUCACCGAGACUUGAAGAGUAAAAAUAUCCUGGUUAAGAAAAACGGACAGUGUUGCAUAGCAGACCUAGGUGAGUGGUUUUCCCUUCUCCUUCUUUUUUGCAUUUUAAAUAUACAGUCCUCAAAUAACGCGAUGCAAUUCUUGAGGACCUUUCUUUAUUUGGAUUUAAGAGUUUAUUUUUUUGGGGGGGAUUGUUCUUCAUCCACUAGAGGGCAUACAUCAUUUUUAAGUCUCACUCCUGUCUGUGGAAUCUUGCAUACUAUUUUCUGAUGUUGUUUGUACAGCCCUGUAAAGGAUAUCCUUCAUACGUGGUUUUAGAGACACAUGUGUUGGAGUAAAUAAAAAAUCAGGAGGGGAAGAACCACCAAUGGCAUCAUGAAUGAAGGCUUUUUUUGUCUUCAAGACAGCAGCUAGAGUAUUUGCUACCGCUGCCAUUGCCCUUAGGUGUGAUUCUAGGUUUCAGCUUAGAGUCUUGGUACUGCUCUGGGACAAGGGUCCAACUGUGAUUAUAGCUUCCUUUGAGCCCAGCCUGUUAUCAUUUGGGAUGAUGUUCUGUCUUGUUGGGGUUGAUAUUUCACAACACCUCCCAGGUCCAGUUUAACACUGCCACCUAUUGGCUGAAUUAAAGUGUGGGUUGACCAUUCUGCGAUAGAGGCAUCAGGGAUUUACGGCACUUCAAAGGCAGAAGCAGGCGAGCCUAUGAACCUGGCUUUUGGAUUGUCAUGCUCACACUCUUGCCUUGCCCUCCCAUACUGCACUGCUCAUUAGAUGGGAGCAAAACCACCCCAGGUCCAUGGGGAUUGUGGGUAAUAGAAGCAUCUGCACUGCAGAUCUGCACUGGCACUAUCACAUGUAGGGCUGAGGAUUGGAGUGAUCAUUCUGUGAUACUAUGGCAGUGGACAAAGCUGCAUUGUAACUUUUGAAUAAAUGUUUUAAUAUUAAAAAAGAAAAUGCAGCAUAGAAUCUCUUAUGUCUCCUGUCAGAAGGGCAAUCCCCGUAUUCACCACAUCUAGACAGGACACUUUAAACUAUGAAUAAGCCAAGAGACCUUAUGUGUGAUAUAUUAUUUGCACUGCCCAAAUGAUAGCCUGUCAGUUGGAUUGCCUGUCCCAUGCAGGAUUGUAUCUUUCUGAAAACUUUGUGUGCAUGGAUCUUGCAAUCCCUUUAAAUUUAUAUGGGGCUGCUUAGUUACUGUAUACAGUUGUCCCCUUCAACAAAGAUUUAAUUGGCAUAUCUGAGAUACAAAGUAAAGAUGUUUUCACUUUUAAGUGCUCCAUGUUGCCCAGCAAUAUUUAUAUUGAUGAUGGGCUCAUGAAAGGUCUGUUUGUCUGGCCUUUGCUUUACUGUAAACUGUCUUUCGUUUUUCGGUGGUUGUUAGUUUACUUACUUAAAAUUGCUGCUAUUUGAAGGCUGCAGUGUAAUAUAUGUCAGUUUUAAGCUAUUUGGUGGUUGGAGCAGAAUGCAAACUGUGUAGAGUAGUUUGCAUACUGUAUUUUUUUAAGGUGUUUACUUUCUGGUGACCAUAUGUGUCUGUGGUUUAUUUUUGGAAGGUGUUUGAUUGGACCCAUUUUUACGGUCACAGUUGUCCUUGUGUUAGCCUUCGCCGCACUUUUGGUUCCAUCGAUUUCCUCAAAAGCUCACCUUGAACCUUGGGAGUUAAGAUUUAUCCCCCCCCCACCCACCCCCCUUACAGCAGAUGUGUGAACAGGAUAAUGGCUAUGUAGCACUCAGUCUGCUGGACCACAAUAUAUUCCCACCACAUAAAUGCUAGUCUUGUGGUGUUGUGUUGUCACUGUGUAGAUUUGCUACGACUGGGUGUUGUUUUUUAGAGUGGCUUUACAAAGGUCUUCCUAAUCUCUUAGAGUAGGUAUAGGGGAAAGGGCCAUAUCCCAGUGCUUACCAUGCAGGAGAUCUCAGGUUCAAAACCAUGACACGGUGGCACUUUGUAGCUGGAAAAUAUAUGGCAAUGGUAACAGGUGGGCUCCCCUCGAGCUGAAAGACCAACACUGACUUCACAGCUCUUCUGUUUGCAAUUACAGGCCUCGCAGUCAUGCACUCUCAAAGCACCAAUCAGUUGGAUGUAGGAAACAACCCCCGUGUGGGUACCAAGCGCUACAUGGCACCAGAAGUCUUAGAUGAAACCAUCCAAGUGGACUGCUUUGACUCUUACAAACGGGUUGAUAUCUGGGCAUUUGGACUGGUCCUUUGGGAAGUAGCCAGGCGUAUGGUCAGCAAUGGUGAGUAUCUGUUCCUUUCUAGAAUUAGUUACAUUAAUCCACUGGCCACUAAAGGUGAAAAGCUUCUCUUGUAUCUUCCUUAGUAGUAAGUGGUUUCAAGUUUUCUCUCCUGGUAUUUGCGCCUUAAAUUGCACUGAACUCCUACCUACUUUGCAGGAUUUCGGCUGCCACUUUUCUUGACAUGCCUCUUGCCCCCCCCCCCAUAUACUAUUUCAAAUUGGGUGUGUGGGUGUGUGUGUGAAAGUAGGUACGUUAUGAAUUCCAAGUCAAAUUCCAAUGUUCUUUAUUAUGUUCGCCGCCAACUGCAUUAAAAAAGAAAGGUGAGGUGGUAUAAAGAAACUCAUAGAUCACAACAGAUUUCUCAGCUUAUGACAGUGGGUCAAAGCUGUUCAGAUUACCUCACUUGCCUUUACAAUAUCUCUGUUUAAGCAUUCAUUCAGUUUAUAUAGCUGAAACUUAAACAUGGGACCACAUUGAGGUGUACCUUAAAUGAUCAGGAGGGGGCCAGCAAGUUCUGUAAAGGGAAAAGCUGGUACUCCUCCAGAUGUUUUGGACUAUAUCUCUCACCAGCCACAGUCAAUAAACACUUUCCUUGAUAAUUAAUAUUUCACUGCUAAAGUUCUAAGUAAGGCAAGGAAAUCCCCUUGGGGUUUCAUGGAAUCCCAUGCCUGUGGGAAUCCAUCCUUACAGCAACAUGGCUUAAGGAGGAUUGCUUUGCCCUCCUACUGAGGCAUGGCCUGACAGCCGAAUAAUGGAGAUGGAUUUGCCAUGGAGAAGACUCCUCUUUUCUUUUCUUUUUGGUAGCAUCAGCUUUUUUUCUUUUCUUUUUUUUUGGUAGCAUCAGCACUAGUACUGGGUCGGUGGCAUUUUAAACAAUGUGUAUGUACAAUCUCAAUUAUCUAUAUGGUAUAGGAGUUCUUUGAAGUAAAGCUGUUUAAAGGAACAGUGUACUGAAUCCUAAGGCAUCUGUAGAAGUGAGAAUACAUUUAUAAGACCAAUUGGAGCAGCACCCUAUUGGAAAGUUCAAGAGUAGUACGUGGAUCAUUCUUACAUGCUUAUUGGCAGACUUUUUGUUUUGCGGAUAUGUGUACAGUGGUACCUCGGGUUACAUACACUUCAGGUUACAUACGCUUCAGGUUACAGACUCUGCUAACCCAGAAAUAGUGCUUCGGGUUAAGAACUUUGCUUCAGGAUGAGAGCAGAAAUCGUGCUCCGGCAGCGCGGCAGCAGCAGGAGGACCCAUUAGCUAAAGUGGUGCUUCAGGUUAAGAAUGGACCUCCGAAAUGAAUUAAGUACUUAACCCGAGGAACCACUGUAAUAAGCUUUCAGUGAUCACCUUUCUUAGCUCUUGGGACCCUUGGAGGGUUGUAUGGGAGCCACAUGCCAGAGGCAAUGGCUGUGACUCUUCCUUUGUACUGCCGGGCACAUUCCAGCUACAGAAAAGUCAGAGGCCUCUCUACACUUGCACUCACUUGCACCUCUCCAUCCUCUAUCAAGGCAAGAAAGAGCCAUGAUCACAGUUCUUGCCAGGGACAAAAGCACUCAAGGACAGCACCAAGCAAAUCUUGUGGGUAGAGUGACCUUGGGAAAGGGAAUGGCUUGGGCUGAGUUUUGAGGGCUGAUCAGAGAGGCUAGGAGGGCUGGAUUUGGCCCGCAGGAGUGAGUUUCCUCCCCCUAUUUUAAAGUAGCAGCCAAGUAUUGUGGAGCUGAAAACGGGAUCGUUCUCUCUCCUAACAAGAGUCACUGUUUUUUAAGUGUGUGAUAGGUCAGUUUCUCCCCAUUUCUUUGGAAAUAUUACAAGACAUGCAGGAAUCAGUACAGUUUGUUUCGCAUUCAGUUGCUUGGUUUCACGUUCCGUCCUGUUUCUGUACAAGCGCACCAGUAGUUUUCCACGCGGAUUUUCCUCUGCCAUUCAAAAACAGCAGGGUCCCCAACUCAAGGCAGCCCCAUUUGUCAUUGAAGGUGGUACCUGUUUUCACCUAACACUUUCCCAGCUUUUAUGGAGAAAGGAGAACAAAGGUAUACAGGGCAGCUCAUGACAUUCAAGAGGUAAUGGAAGCCUCAGUGCAGCAAGUCUGGAUCAGCUUGGAGGAACACAUGGAGAAUAUGUGGCUGACACAGUACCUGUCAACCUUGGAUGGCCAUUGCUUAUUCUUACAUUUAUAUCCCACCUUUCUUCUGUUAUGGAACAUACAUUUGUUUCCCAAGUGGUCUCCUAUCCAGGCGCUGACCUGACUUACAUAUCUUCAGAAAGGUGGUGACCUUCAGAGCAUACACAGACAACCAUACUUUGCUUCCAGAAAAGUAGCCAUAAGGUUGAUGGUAGUCACGUAUAGCCAGUCAUCAUUUUGCAUGUUACAUAAUAGCACCUUGGCUUUAAAAGGUUCAUUUUUUCCCCCAUGAAAAGGUGAGUGAGUAGGGAUUGAGUGGAACCUAGGACAAAAUUCACCUGGAAGUUGCUGCCAGAACCUGUUGUGUGAAAUGAAGAAGGGGGAAUUUAACACUGGUAUGGGUCCUCCUAGAACCGUUAAAUGACCAAUCUUCUUUUGUGCCUAACAAAAUCAAAGAAACACUCCCAUCACCUAUUGUUUAUCUAUAGAGAACUCUCACGUUUCCGAGUGAUUUCUCAGAAAUAUGGUGAAGUUAGGGCAGGCAUAGGCAAACUCAGCCCUCCAAAUGUUUUGGGACUACAACUCCCAUCAUCCCUGACCGCUGGUCCUGUUAGCUAGGUAUGAUGGGAGUUGUAGUCCCAAAACAUCUGGAGGGCCGAGUUUGCCUAUGCCUGAGUUAGGGUGUGCCUUGGAUCCAAAUGAAUCAAGAGCCCCUGAAACAAUUUGUGGCAUCUUGGAGGUGCAGACAGGAAGGAAGUGACAGACAAUGAUCUACUGAAAGCAAAACCAAACCAGAAUUUCCACCAUGAUUUUGGAAACUUCAGAGGAGGCACUCAGACUGCUGCUGCCUUUUUUCAGUCCAGGGGUCAGCUGCUCUUGUUCCUCCUCGCUGUCUAAGCAUACCAGGACUAGAAUUGAGGAUGAGAUGAGGGUGCAUUUCCUCUCAUCUCCUGCAACAUAGGUUAGAAUUGUUGAGCCUUAAGUUCUCUGUUUAUUACUGGUUUUAUGGAUUAUAUUUCAUUAGUCCAAAGACAUUUCUCUUUAAAAAUAAUCCAUUUUAUUCUGGUUGAAUAGAAGGAAACUAUGGCAGGGUUCAUUAUGACAGUAUUAUGACAGUGUAGAUCAGAGGUUAUGGUGACUUUCUUCAGUAGGUCUGGUGCCAGAAGCAGCCCCAUAGGAGCCUUAAAACGUUGGCACUGUUAAUUGUAUUUUUUAAAAACACACACCAAAAAAACACAUUGGAGUAAAAGCCAAACAGCUUCUUCUUCUACUGUAAUACAGUCAAGAAGAAAGUUUAAAAUAUGCAUAGGAAUAUUCAGUUGUAUAAAUGCAAGUCUCUGUUAGCGGGGAUAGUGAACACAUCUCUGAUGGGCCUUAUUUGCCUGCCAAGCCACUUCCUUCUUCUUUAGUGAUCACUCAUAACUGAGUAAGAUUGUCUUCCAUGAACACAGUCUUCACAUUGAGUCCGUAAGUGACUGUGGAGGCCAGUUCUGGAUCAACACGUCCCUCCACAGUGGGGACAUAGGUUUUGAGCAUCUUCAAAGCCCAUGACACCUUUGGUAAAGGCUAUCCUCCAACUGGAGUGCUCGCAGGCCAGCGUUUCCCAGUUGCCAGUGUUUAUACAACAUUUGGGACGUGUGUGGUGCUGUGGGUUAAACCACAGCGCCUUGGACUUGCCGAUCAGAAGGUCGGCGGUUCGAAUCCCCGCAACGGGCUGAGCUCCCAUUGUCUGGUCCCUGCUCCUGCCAACCUAGCAGUUCGAAAGCACGUCAAAGUGCAAGUAGAUAAAUAGGUACCGUUCUGGCGGGAAGGUAAACGGUGUCUCCGUGUGCUGCACUGGUUCGCCAGAAGCGGCUUAGUCAUGCUGGCCACAUGACCUGGAAGCUGUACGUCAGCUCCCUCAGCCAAUAAAGUGAGAUGAGUGCCACAAUCCCAGAGUCGGUCAUGACUGGACCUAAUGGUCAGGGGUCCCUUUACCUUUUAUACUACAUUUUAAAAAAUUUGCCUUAAGAGAGUCUUUAAACCUCUUUUGUUGACCACCAGCAUUACGCUUUCCAUUUUUAAGUUCAGAAUAUAGUAGGCACCUGAACAAUGCGAUCAGUCCAACGAAGUUGAUGUUGAAGAAUAAUUGAUUCUACACUGGUGAACUUUGCUUCUUCCAGUACACUGGCAUUAGUUCGCCUGUCUUCCCAAGUGAUAUAUAAAAAUUUUCAGAGAUGGAAUAUUUCGAGGAGUUGGAGAUGGCGUUUAUAAGUGGUCCAUGUUUCACAAGCAUAUACCGUAUUUUUCGCUCUAUAGGACACACUUUUUUCCCUUCAAAAAUGAAGGGGAAAUGUGUGUGUGUCCUAUGGAGCGAAGACGCCAUAGCCCCGCGACCCUCUCCCGGCUGGAGAGGUGACGCGCGGCUAUGGCAGGAGCAUCUACAGCUGCGCGUCACCUCUCCAGCCGGGAGAGCGCGCGGGGCUAAGAAGCCAUAGCCCCGCGACCCUCCCCCGGGUGGAGAGGGGACCCGCGGCUAUGGCAGGAGCCUCUCCGCUGCGCCUUCCGCUGCUCCCUGACCUGCUCUUUGGGGCUGGUGGUGGGCUUCCCCGCCAGCCCCAAAGAGCAGGUCGAAGGAACCUGAAGCCUGGAGAGCGAGAGGGGUCGGUGUGCACUGACCCCUCUCGCUCUCCAGGCUUCCAAGGUAGCCGCCUGAACGCACCUUAAACGGCACCUUGUUUUAGAGCGGGAAAACAAGAGGGGGAGAAUUUUUUUUUCUUGUUCUCCCCCCUCUAAAACAAAGUGCGUCCUAUUGUCCGGUGCGUCCUAUGGUGCGAAAAAUACGGUAGUAAGGUAGAUAAUACAAUAGCUUUGUAAACAAGCAUUUUGGUUUCCCUAUGAAUGUCCCAGUCCUCAAACACACUGCACUUCAUUCGGGAGAAAGCUGCACUUGUUGAGCUCAGGCAAUACUGGCUUUUGGCAUCAGUGUUGGUCCUUGUGGAAAGAUAACUGCCCAGGUAGGAGAAGUGAUUGACACUUUCCAACAUUACACCAUUGAGAUGGAUUUGUGGUGCUGCAGAGGGGUUGUUUUGUGCUUGUUGGUACAGCACUUUGGUUUUUUGGAUGUUGAGCGAAAGGCCAAGCUUUUCCUUGGCUUCUGCGUAGAUAUUUAGGAUGGCUUGGAGAUCAUUGUCUGAGUGUGCACACACUACGUUGCCAUCAGCAUACUGAAGCUCUAUGACGGAAGUUACGGUAACCUUACUCUUUGCUUUCAGCCUACUCAGAUUAAAGAGCUUUCCAUCUGUUCGAUAUAUGAUUUCUAUUCCCGUGGGGAGUUUCCCUUCAACAAAGUGUAGGAUCAUGAUGAUAAAAAUGAUAAAAAUGAUAAAUAGAGUUGGGGCAAUAACACAACCCUGUUUAAUGCCUGAUCCCACUGCGACUGGUCCACUUUGAGAGCCGUUGUUAUCUACGACUGUUGCUGCCAUGUUAUCAUGGAGGAGCCGAAUGAUGUUCACAACUUUAUCUGGGCAGCCGAUUUUCAGAAGGACAGUCCACAGGUCAUUAUGAUUUACAGUGUUGAAGGCUAUAGAGAGAGUGAUUAUUUUGGCAUCUCUAAAGUCUGCUGUGCAAGAAGAUCAAACGCAUCCAUUCUUAAGGAAAUCAGCCCUGAGUGCUCACUAGAAGGACAGAUCAUGAAGCUGAGGCUCCAGUACUUUGGCCACCUCAUGAGAAGAGAAGACUCCCUGGAAAAGACCCUGAUGUUGGGAAAGAUGGAGGGCACAAGGAGAAGGGGAUGACAGAGGACGAGAUGGUUGGACAGUGUUCUCGAAGCUACAAACAUGAGUCUGACCAAACUGCGGGAGGCAGUGGAAGACAGGAGUGCCUGGCGUGCUCUGUCCAUGGGGUCACAAAGAGUCGGACACGACUAAAUGACUAAACAACAACAACAAAAAAGUCUGCUGGGAUCUCCUCUCUCCCAUUUUUUUUGAUGACCUUGUGAAAUUGUUGUGUAAGUUCAGUUUUGCCCACUUUGAGGUAUCCCAUCAGAUCCGCUGGCUUUGUUGUUUCUCAUUUGGUUAAUAGCUGUACACAACUCUCCCAGAUUUGGAGAAACUGCAAGCUCAUCUCCAAUUUGUUUUUGUGGAAUUUGUGAGGGGACCUCAGCAGCUACAGGGGAGUUGUGGUUAAGGAGAUGAUGGUAAUGUUCUUUCCAGCGCAGUGCAAUAGCUUCAUUAUCAUUUAGAAGUGUGGUACCAUCUGUUGAGCAUAGGAGGCAUAUGCCAUGAUUUAUUGUCCCAUAGAUGGUCAUUGUGGCUUUAAAGAAACUACAUCAUGAGUGUCGGCUAAAUGCUGGAUUACUUGAGCUUUUUUUAUCUUCCAAGUGUUCUUUAGUUCUCUGGUUCUUCUUUGAACCUCAGCCUUAGCGCUGGCAUAAGUUUUAUUCUUAGUGGCACAGUUUCUAUAUCUUUGCCAGAUCUGAAAGGCCUUCCUUUUCUUGUCAAUAAUGCUGUCAUUCUCAUCAAACCAGUCCUGGUGUUUCUUGGUUUGGUAUCCAAUAGUUUGUUCACAGGCUGCAAUAAUGGAUGUUCUUAGCUUGGUCCACUGUUCCUCAAGGUUGUCAGGGAACUCCGAAAGCAGAUAGAUGGUCCUUAAGAGUCAUUUGGAAGCAAUCCCACUUAAUAGGAUCUUGAAGGGUUUGAGUGUUCAUUUUGUGCCUUGGUUUCCUUCCUUGAAGCCUGCAUUGAGGUAUAAUCUUGAUAGUCAUUGUGGAACGUAUUAAUCGGUGAUCUGUCCAGCAGUCGUCAGCACUCGUACUAGCAAAAUCAGACAUACUUUCUCAUCUUUACAAAGGGGUACCUCUUCUCCCUCUGGUAAAAUACCACUGCUAGGAGGUCUUUCUGAUCAGGAGAAAGGAAGGACAGCUAGAAGCAGAUUAGUUUAGAUGCCAGCAUGAAUGCACAAGAAUGGGAUUAAUGUGUGGCCAAUCAAAGUUAAAAUAAAUACGUAAGGAUUUGUAUGAGCUAAAUUAAAAGCAGAAAUAAUUUCUGAACAUCACCUCUAGGCUUUAAAGAGAGUACCUUCUAGAUUUCUAUAAUUUUCUAUCAGAAGUGUUGCAACCCAGAUAGAUUGGUGGGAUAUUAUUAUUAUUAUUAUUAUUAUUAUUAUUAACAACAAGUCACAACCAGGAAGAGAGCUUCCCUUGGCCGAGGAUUAGGCAUACAUAGGUGAACUUAAGGGCCAAGGGAAGUUGGUGAAAAGGAAAGAGAAAUGCCAUGAAUCUUGUGCCUUAGUGCAGCUGGCAGCUGAAUAUGAGUGUUGGCAUAGAUACAUGUGGCCUCACUGACCUGGCAGAAACGUGACUCAUGUUGUAUGUGCACUGCAAUGCUGGGUGGAGUUGCCGGUGGGGACACCAGGGGUCACCACCAGCUCUUGCCAGGUCCCUACUCUUGGGUAUUUUAUUUACAUGUAUUGCCUAUCCUAUCCUGUGGACUUGUCAAAAAUGAUAGAUGAGCCAUUGUCCCCAAAGGACUCUUCAGUAAGGCAAUAGAUACAAAAGGCUGGCGAAGGAGGAGGCAUUUAGAAGGAAUUAAUGCAGACUUGGUUAACCAUAAAAGAAAAUUUCUAUGCAUUAGUGUCAAGUGUAUUUACAGCAGCAUCUGAUGUUAUGGGUGUGAUGAAGGUCAUUUUGUUGUCUUGGUGGGCAAGAACAUCAUUAACCUGUUCAGGGAAAUUUUAAAUGUUUGAUGUUUUUAAUAUUUGAUGUUUUAUUGUGUUUUUAAUAUUCUGUUGGGAGUUGCACAGAUUGGCUGGUGCAACUCAGUCAGACGGGCAGCAUAUAAAUCAUCAUAUUUAUCAGCAUUCCUUCUACUACUUUUUCUGAUUCUCAGGUAGUACCUUAUGAGUCUAGAUUUGCCAGAUGUCCAGGUUUUAUUGGGAAAUUCCCCAGAUACGAAUGAAUGUUCUUUCAGUGGCAAAAACUUUCAGGUUCAAGUUAUAAACAGACAAAAGAAAUCCUAACACGUGCACAAAUUGUUAUCAUUGCUGAACUGUGUUAACAAAUAGUGGUCAAUAUAGAGUAUAUAAUGAGUCAUUAAGCUUUGAAAGGCAGUGACAUAAAUGAUCCGAUGUGCUAAUUUCUUCUCUGUUGUUACUGAUUUUCCCCCCUGUCCUUUCUUUCAAAGGAUCCCAGGAAGCAAAUAAACAAAGUAGUAUUUUUUUUAAAAGUCUGUCUGUCUGUCUGUCUGCAUGUCUAGCCUGUUUUCUUAAAUGUAGAUGGAGCAAAAUAUCACUCAGAGGGCCAUUUCUGAACAUUUCUGAAUUCCUUCCUGGAUUUUUUUCCCCUUUCCUUAAUAGUAAUGACUUACUCAUAGGAGGUUCAAAAUGGCUAAGGUGCCUUUAAAAUGGAAUACUGUAGGUAGGCAUUUUAUUUCUGUUUCCCAAGUAAUAUCCAAGAUACCCUGGUUUAAUUUUAUGGUUAAAUCACACAGUGCAAAAUAAAUCUCGUAUUUGCUGCCAGCAUACCAAUGAAACUCAUCUUGAUACUUGGAAGAUGGUUUUAAACAGGUUUUUAGGGACGCCUGAUGCCUGGCAUAGAAUUGGGGUUCAUUCUAUUGUUUUCUAAAUGACUGCCCCAUCCCAUUCUGAUUCUCCACAGGCCCUGUGUUGUGGAUUUAGGAGCAUAUGUGUUCUGUACUGGAAUCUUGAGUUCUUCUGUUCUUUCUCCCCCCCCCUCCCCUCUGUCUCUAGAUUAUUUACCAAGAUGCUUCAGCCUUGUUUGUGACUGUAUUUGCCUUCUGUACAUAUGUUUUUCUUUGCAGAGUAAGGAACUGCAUUCUAACCCACAGGGAGAACUGGCUGAUUAAUGUCUUGAUUGUAUUGUGCUAUUAGAAAUUCAUUUCAUAAUAUCGGUGAGAUGUCACAAGGACUUAGCUUUGGCUAAGGUUCCACGCUAUGUAAUAAUGCACUGAACUUUGUCUUGCUAAUGAAGAUUCUGAAACGUAUCGAUGCAACUACAGGAUCUAUGUUGUGUUUUGGCCGUAGGUAUUGUCGAAGACUACAAACCUCCAUUUUAUGACGUAGUGCCUAAUGACCCCAGCUUUGAAGACAUGAGAAAAGUGGUCUGUGUGGAUCAGCAGAGGCCAAACAUUCCCAACAGAUGGUUUUCAGAUCCUGUAAGUGCCCAGCCCAUCACAUCCUGCCAUAUUUCUUAUAGAUCAUCUUUUAAAAAACAAAACAACGUCUGCUAUUGUGUUCCUAAACCUUGGGGAUCCAUAUGUGAUUGGGCUACAACUCCCAUCAUCUCCAGCCAGUUUAGCCAGAGGUCAGGCAUGAUGGCAGUUGUAGUCCAGUAACAUCUAAGGACUCAAGGUUGAAGAACAUUUGUGUAUUCCUAAAAGGCAAUGUAUGUGUCCUUAAGAAUGGGUAUACUCUUAAGGGACAAGGCUUAAGGGACAAGGGGUGCAUGGUCACAGAAAUUAAUCCUUGCCCUGAGAACAGCUAUUAUUUUUCUCAGGGUGGGGUGGGGGCUAACUCUACGUAACAGUGAUGCCAAAUCAUUGUUAAGCUUCAAUGGCUGUAGAAGGGAUGGGGGGAACCUUUUUGGCCUUGUAGGUGAUGUUUGACAGGUGUGUGGGAGUGCUCAUAUGCCACUCAGACAAUGUCAGUAUGACACAAGAAUGACAGGUGGGCUGUCUCACCUACUGCUCAAAGCUUUGCCUCCCCUCUCCCCUUCCCUGCUACAGCAGUGGCAGGGGAAUGAAGGAGCAAAGAUUCCCCUUUCUUUCACCCCUUUCUUUGACUGCACACACCUGAGCUGAAUUUAACCCCUAUUUGUCAUGAGUAGGGGGUUGAGCAGGCAUAAGCAAACUCCGGUCCUCCAGAUGCUUGGGACUACAAUUCCCAUCAUCCCUAGCUAACAGGACCAGUGGUCAGGGAUGAUGGGAAUUGUAGUCCCAAACAUCUGGAGGGCCAGAGUUUGCCUAUGCCCUGGGGUUGAGUCUUGCCGCCUUGCCUGUAAGAGCCUAUUUCCUGCUGGGAACAGGCAUUUCCAGCUAUGCAAGAUUAAUCAUGCCCUCUAGCCCAUCAGCUGACAUCAUCAGUGACGUCACCUGGUUGGUGGGUAUGGUUUGCAGAAAACUGCUUUGCAUGUUCAUUUGGACCCCUUGGCAGGCCAAGAAUGACCCAGGACUGGUUGUUCCCCACCUUUGGACUACAGCUUGGUGUGGUGUCUGAAAUGAUCUUAUAUAGAUUCUUGAAGUCUACUGAGAUUUGCAUGGACAGUGUUUCAAAACUUGAUCUGAUCUGAACACCCAUCUACCUUUCCUUUUCAGACGUUAACUUCCCUUGCCAAGUUGAUGAAAGAAUGCUGGUACCACAAUCCAUCAGCCAGAUUAACAGCGCUGCGUAUUAAAAAGACUUUGACCAAAAUCGACAAUUCCUUAGAUAAGCUCAAAGCUGACUGUUGAUAACCAACAGCUGAUGCUGACAGGACAUCAUGGCUUGUGUCCAGCAUGGAAGAAUGGCUUGAUGAACUCUAGGAUCCGGCCACAAGUGGCUUCAAACAGAGGCAGAGUUGUUUACCUAACCAGCCAUUGAAAAGGAAAUAGACCCAUGUGAGCCUUAAUCGGUGACUGUCCGUGGUAUUUUACAAAUGGCCAAUCUGUAAAGACUUAAUGCUGAAUCUAUGGUGGCCUAUGGAAGGAAGGAAGGAAAGAAGAGAAGUCCUAAGACAAAACUGGGGCAUUAAAACCAUGGCUUUUUUUUUAUUAUUUCAUGAAAAGAAAGAAAAAGGAAAGUGUCUCCUUGUCUCGCUCCCAAGUGGAAGUGGUCAAUUCGAAUCAGCAAUAUUGCCUGCGCUUCUCUUUAUUGCACUAGGGAUUCCUUGCAUUCCUUACUUGCACUGUUACAGUUUAAUUUGAAAGACAUGACUUGCCAAAAAUAUGAUUGGCCCUAUACUCAUUGAUAUGUUUUUUUUAAAAAAAAUAAUAAUAAUGGGAAAUCCAAUUUGGGAAAUUGAACUUGUAACUGACUCUUUUUAUUAUUAUUUUAAAGCUGCAUUUUACAUAUGUGUACCGUUUACAAUAAUGCUGGACGCUAGGAAUUAUUGUUUAUAUGGAAACUGCGAACUUUUAUUUAUUAUUAGUGCACUUAACAGUUUUAAAAUACUGAGGAAAGUGCGAAUAGUUAAAAGCUUAUUUUUAUGUGGCUUCUAUCAUUUAUUUCUUACAGACGUAUUUUUUUUGGGGGGGGGAGGUUUAACACGGUAUAACCUGAAAUGGUUAUACCAUUUCUCCCUGUCCCCCCCCCGUAUUAUCAGUUAUACACUUUAAUCGCCUUUUUAAAAGUGUUUCACAUUUUAUAUGCGUGUGGUCUGUAACAUAUAUUUUUCAGUUCAAAAUACGCGGAACAUUUAUAUAUAAAUAUUAUAUAGAUAUAUAUCUCUCUCUUAAAUAUAAAGCCAUUAUCCAAAUGAUGCCACAUCUAGUACCUUAUUGAUCCUAGAGAAAGGGGAGCAGCAGAAGAAAAUGGCAGAAUGGUAGGCCAUGGAUCGUAUUAUGGGAAAGUGCAUUUUUCUUCUUCUAAGCUAUAUACGUAAUGUGCAUAUGAACUCUAACGGGGCGGGGAGAAAGCUAUUUUUUAAAUUUUACUUCCUUUUUUUGUAUUUAGCAGUUAUUUGUAUAAAUGACAUAGAAUAUUUUCAAGUCAAAUGGAAAGAAAAUGUCCCUUCGUUCUGUUAGUGCCUCUUGUGGUUCGAGGUAAACGCCGUAAAGUUUUGCAUCACCAGCGUAUAUCCACUGAUUAUCUUCUCCCUGCCUUUGCUGUUUCUGCAAGUCAGAAGCAGUGUCAACAAACUGGUGGUGUAGGACAGAACGCCACUGAAAAACACCAGAGAGAUGCUUCAUAAAGGUGAUGCUGAUGUUGGGAUGCCGGGCAGUUGUUGUUGGGGAGGUGGGGUCUGUGCUGGAGCAAUGACCUUGCAAGGACACAAAUUAUUGUCUGAUGAUGUAUGAACAAAUCAGAUCAUGCUGUUCUGACCGUGGUGUUUUUGUUUUUUUUAAAAAAAUAAUAAUCUUUAGUUUCCUGAGUAAAGAGUUUUGAUCUGAGUGCCUUGCCUUAUAACUGUGUAGCUGUUCUCCCUGUGGAGCCCUCAUAGUGAAAACGAUGGAUGCUGAAUGUAAGUGGCUGUCCUAAUAACCGUUAAACCAGCACGAUGCCGCAAGCUUAGGAAACAAGCUGAAUGGACUUUGUUUUGAGCUGAUUGUUCCAAACGAGACAGGGCCCUGUUGCGGCUUCCAUUUCCCCCGUUCUCCUUCAGAUUGCUUUACGAAAGCUCUUUUGGGAGAAGCGUUGUAAGAGCUUUGAUUUGUGCGCCUUUUCUCCAUGGAAAACUGCUGCGCCUGUCACUGAAUACAGGGGGCGGGAGGAUAUGGGGUUGUUUCCAACUCAGUUCUUCUUAGAGUUGGACCCAUUGAACCUGAUGGAACUCAGUCAUGCUCUUAGUUUCAGCGGGUCUACUCCGAGCAUGUCUGACACUGGCUGCAAACCAUGGCCCCUCUUCUGAGACGGGGUUAGGUGUGCCAUGAUUUGCUGUGCUGGAAACUGAAUUGAUAAUAUGAUCUGUUCACAUGUUGCGAAGAAAUGCUGGGAAGAGUCUGUGUUUGGAUGCAUUUGUCCAUAAGGUUUCCAGGGUGUUGAGAUGAAGUUUGGUAUUUGCUUGGAGAAUGAUGGCUUGCCGCAAAAAGUUUCAUCCUGCUAAAAAUAAAUAAAUGAUGAUAAGGAGGGUGGGGGAGAGGAGAAAAAAUCUCUCUCCUCCUGUCUGGUUAAUCAGAGUGAACUUUUCCAUGUGUUGGUGGGUGAGCCAGACUACCUAUCUAUAUUUAAAAAGCAAACUUCUAGUUCUUCUACCAUUUGUAUGGUUAAUUUGAAAUAACCUAAUUUGUGAAUGUCUUCUUAAUGAUGAGGUCCUCUUUUAACAGUAUGAAAGUCUUCAUCAAGGAAAGUGAUAUUAAACAUUUUUAAAUGAAUUGUGGGUGUUCUGGCACAUCUGUACUACUGCUUCAAGUUUGCUUACUUAGUAGUACAAUAUCUACUGCUUGUUAGUGGCAAGUCAAAUGUUUGCGGGAUUGCUAGUGCAUGGUAGAAACAUGGGAAGCAUCAAGGAAUAGUACAAGCACAGCAGGACUGUGUUGGGAGGAGAUAAAAUUGCAUCUGUUUAGAGGAGGCUCAAUUGCCCUCUUACGAUUCCAGCAAUAAUAAAAUGUGUGUGGACAUAAAUUCUGCAUUAAACCCUGAUUCUGGUGAUCCUUUGAUGGGCCAGGCUAGCAGUUCCUUCUAUCCCUUAUCAAAAAUGUUUCUUUUAAAAAACCAAAUUCAGCACUCAUUCUUCUUUAUUCAGUGCAUUUACACCAUUAUUAUUUGAUACCCUACACCACAGGAACAAGCAUGUCAGCUAAGGCUGUGUACAAUUCCUUGGGAGAGUGAAGUUCUAAUCGAUGCUUGAGAAAUUCAAUUUCUUUGAAUUCCAAUGUGAACAGAUCUGAUCUGCGCUUCCUGGGCUAAUGUACAUACUGGAAUGUGGUUAUCCUUUGGAUUUCACACUUCUCUGAAUUUUGCAAUAAAGUUCUCCACUCAAAAAAUCAAUAACAA